AUGUCCUAUAUCCUAAAGGUAACUAAUCUGCAGUCUUCUCUGGAAAUACCAGAUCGUCUGCGACCAAGGUUGUUCACUGAGAACGGAGGACAUAUUUGAGUUUGCCCAUGCAAACUGAUUUCCCGGUCAUCCUUAUAAAGUCAAAAGCGGACGUGCGCGGCUGGACUGUAGGAAGUUCUCCCUUAGCCAGGGGGUUCUCCGACCAUGUUACUCGCUACUAAGUGAGAUGGUGACAGCUGACACAAUCCGCACGUUAAAGAAAACUUGCUUACGUAAUUUUCCACAAAACCUCUUUUACAACAUGAGUACUUACAGCCAGCUUUGUAAAGCACUUUUUCAUGCACAAACUUUCCGCACUGACUUACAUUGAACGAUGGCGCUUCAUAUUUUUAGGGUUAUAUUGUGACAGAACACAUUUUACAUGCUCGAAACUUCAUUUUUCGUGUGAAUAUGCGACAUCAUUUUGCAUAAAUAGGGGAACCCCUCGAGGACAAAUACAAAAAGCCUCUUGCCCUCAUAUAUAAUGAAGUGAAUUGAAAUUUCUUUAAAAAAUCUGUGUUGAACAGCAGUAAUCCUUCUUUGACUGUAUUAUAUUUUGGCUCGAGCAUACUUCUUGAUGUUUCAAAAUUUUAUACUAACUGUAAGUAUGCAGACCAACUAUAAUAACAAGGUAAUAGAAUAAAAGGGUAGCCCUGUAAAUAUACAUGUACAAGGAGGUACUGGGCUUUUCGAAAAAUCGCUGACUUGAGGAGUAGUACUGGCGAACACAGUACCAUUGAAUGGAACCUUUCUGGUUUGAUUGCCGUCGUCAUUUGAUAAUGACCUAAAUUUAGACUGCAAACCUGAAUCUUUCACAGUGGGUAUUUUAUCACGAACAGCGCCUCCGCCAGUGCACUGCAGACUCUCAUCAUGUCGGCCUAAACCGUUCGUAUCUGACAACAUGGAAGUAUCGUGCACCUACUUAUCCUUGCCUGAGGAAUGCGACGACCACUUUAGCUUUGCCUGAGAUCUCAUAAUGAAAUGGUGCCUUUGGAUGGCCAGAUGACCUUAAUUCAAACCCCUAGCGGAUGCUGGCAUUUAGGGCAUUUCUGUCUGGUGACAGCAAACAAGCCAGACAUAACAGUCAACUUCCUUCGUCUUUGUCGACAAGAUUUGUGCGUUUGAGGUUAAUAGCGAAGUUACCAAUGGUGCGACUUGAAUGCCCACUGUAAAUUCCAACGCAAGAGGCUUGAGUGGAGUCGGAGAAUUGCUCGUGAGCGUAGACAGUCUCCUUUUGUUCGGAAUCUAAACGUUACUCUGAUAUUCAUUUUUCAGCACCGCAAUCUAAAUCCGACAUUUUACUCAGUGGGGAUGUAGUAGGUAUAACAUCCAAAAGAUUUAUUACACUAGAAUUCGCAAAUUAAGUAAAAUAUAGAGGAGAUUUUGUGGAGUUAUUCUGCAUGAGCUUACAAAACUAGGGACAUCAGAAUGCGCCUUUACAACAUGUACGUUAGACCUGGUCUGGAAUACUGUUCGUUUUUAUUUAGCCUCAUGCGUGCUACUGAGCGGAAGAAAAUGGAAUCCGUUCAAUACUUUUUUAACAAGAGAAUUUUAACCCCAGAACACCGACAUUUGUCUUACCAAGAACGUUAUCGGCUUACGGGCCUUGAUCCUUUAUUGUUCCGUAGAUAGCUAUUUGGAAUAAACUACCCAUGAGUGCGAAAACUCUGCAAAAUUAUCCUUUAUUUAAGAGAACUAUUACUCGAUUUUUGCAUUCAGAAAAGCUUCCUCAAAUUUUGGGUUCUGAAUCCACUGAUCGACUCUACCGUAGCGAUAGCGUUUGUGGUCUCUGAACACUAUGGCCGGUCUCACCAGCUGUUCCUCAACGCCUCUAACUUGACCAUCCCCAACUUCAUGAAAGGAAUUGACGGCCGAUGAUCUCCGAUACCGUGCAAAACCCUCCCACCCACAUCUUGACGGUCGAAUGUAUGCCGCCAGCAGUUUUUUUCUCCUGAACCCUUCAAACCAUAAAAAACAUCAUCAACAAUAUUUUUAUUCUUCAGGAGUUUUUUUUACUGCUGGUCGGAUUUGUGUUUAAUCGCUUCCCUUGACAAUGCCCGUAAACUGGCAUUUAAUAAAUUAAAUUAAAUUGAAUUACAAAAGGGACUAUUUUAUGCUAUUUAAACUCUUAUAUAAUCACACAUUUAACCCACUCAAUUCUUUAAGACAUCAUAUCCACCCACGACGUAAAAGUCACCGUGAGGUCUUCUUAUUUCUGCCUCUGGCACGUACUGUUAAAUAUCGUCGGUUCUAUUUUGUAAAUGCGAUUGCUAUUUCGAAUAAACUGCCAAUGCGUGUGAAAACUCUGCAAAAUUAUCCUUUAUUUAAGAGAACUAUUACUCGAUUUUUGCAUUUAGAAAAGGUUCUUCCAAUUUUGGGUGCUAAAUCUACUGAUCGACUGUACCGUAGCGUUGGCGUUUGCGGUCUCUGAACACUAUGGCCGGUCUCACCAGCUGUUCCUCAACGCCUCUACUUUGACUAUCCCCAACUUCAUGAAAGGAAUUGAAGUCAGAUAAUCUCCGAUACCGUGUAACCCGCCCCACCCUUCUUGACCGUCGAAUGUAUGCCGCCAGCAGUUUUUUUUCUCAUGAACCCUCCAAACCAUAAGAAACACCAUCAACAAUAUUUUUAUUCUUCAGGAGUCUUUUUCCACUGCUGGUCGGAUUUGUGUUUAAUCGCUCCCCUUUCCAACUCGCCACCACAACUCACCUCCGGGGACAUCCCUUCAAGCUACGUGUGCCACAGGGUAGACUGAAUGUGAGAAAAUAUUUCUUCUCCAACCGUGUCGUGGAACCGUGGAAUAACCUGCCCGCGACGGUUGUUAUGUCUCAAUCUGUUGAGACAUUUAAACGUCGCCUUGACAGAUAUAUGCUGCAGCAACAAGCGGACUAUGUGACUUUUUAACCAUGUGGCUAGUGACAUGUGAAUCAAUGUAUGCAUUCGCUUAAUGCUGUAAUUUCUUCACAUUUUUGCUUGUUUAUCGAUUUUUAUGUACAAGUAGGGAGUUCAAAGGCGUAAGCCUAUUUCCUUCAAAUACACUGACUGACUGACUGACAAUGCCUGUAAACUGGCAUUUAAUAAAUUAAAUUAAAUUAAACUAAAAGGGGAGUUUACCGCAAGGAGGUAUGUACCCACAUGGGUAACAUGGCUGGCCAUGGGAGUCUGAACGUAAUAAAUGAGAACAAGACAUAUUUACAGCAAAACAAAGACAGAACGAAACUCCGACGGGACUUAUCGAGUGGACGAGUCAGAGGUUUCGGUCGGACCUAAACGUUUCAUUAAAUCCCGCAUUUUCUACAGAAAAUUCAUUACACUAAUUAAAACAAGUUUGUCUUACCGGUUAUUUUUGAUGGUUACAUUACGACCUCAGACAAAGCUGAAGUGGCCAUUCCUGUUGUUUAAGUAGGACUGAUCGGUGAUCGUGUAGCGGCCACCUGGGGUAGUUUCCCUUCUAUGUAACAUUGGAACAAUUUGUAAACACCAUAUCAGAUAGCAAAGGGAUACAUCACGAACAGGGCUUUUUAGUAAAUGAAAUGUAUGUAACGAUGACAAAUGCAUAGAGUAGGAAAGGUGGAAAAUAAUUAAUACAAAGAAAUAGCGGGUUACUGUACAAGUGACCCAUUUGGAAUGGCAGGUGGACACGUCAUAUCAGUUAGAUGCUAGUGGGGAUUGCAGUGAUGUCGGCAACUAGCGGUAAAGCCCUAGGAGUUUGUUGGCGAUGAAGAAAACGAGAUACGAACGGACGGCGAGAGCGAGGGAAGCGGUGUCGGUUGUAUGAAUGUGAGGGACACCGGCCCUCUUAACCGGUAGACGAUCGCACCGAACCCAUCUGGGAUUUGCGUCAAAAGUGGCCUCUGUCCGUUAAAACAACUCUGUUGAACUUGCGGUGCGUUAAACUCGCCAAUGCCACGCACAUGGAUCAACGUUUUCACUAACUAGAUUCGAUUGACAAAAUUACUUUAUAUUUGCUAACUUUAGGACAAGGUCACAGCGGCGGUGGGUUCGAACUUUCCUUUUUCGCGCACUUGACUGACAUGUCAGUCCUCUAAAUGGUUUCGCUGAUUUUUUUUAGUUUUGUUACAUUCCUAACGCGUCUCAACACCAACAGAGACUUUUUCGACCCCAAUAUAUAGGAGUAAUAUUGAAAACCAGAAAUCUGAAGAGAUAUAAUUAGGAAGAUAGAAUUCUUUGGGAAUCAGUAAACAUAAUUAUGUAAAUUUUGGAGACUGUCUUUUCAGCUCGUGUUCAGACAACCGGCGUGCAAAAACAGUAUCGACCAGGCAUAAUAUUAUCAUGUUUAAAUGGCGGGUUCUGUCAUCAAGUAGCAGUUGAUGACAAUUAUUAUUUCCGUUAGUAAAAAUAAUCGUUUUCACAGCCUUUUAAAAGAAGCCUUAUGUUGCGCCUUCAUCGCAGGAGAAAUUUUGACUACCUGUAUACGCACUCUUUUCCCAGGUCCUUUGCCGCCAUGCCUUUCUGCAAGACGCUAGUGCUCCUGUCUUCUGCACCAACCCUAAGGACGGUGGUGUGUCGCAUGUCAUCUGCGCAGAAAAUCCAUCAUCGCGUCCUUAUCGCUGGUGGAGGGUGUGGCGGAUGUGCUGUGGCCAGUAAACUCAAGCGCUUAAUGCCAUCCUGCGAUGUGGCCAUAAUUGAGCCUGCUGAUGUACGUUUUACAAUACUCUCCCCCUCAAUUUUGCGCUCAGUUACUAAACGAAGCUAGAUGUGCACUCAUUGAAAUCACCGCUCAUUUGACAAUGUGCACGAUGUUAAUUUGAUGGUCGGGACGCUAGAAAUUUUCCAAUAAGUUGGGUGACACCUAAAUUUUCUGCCUAUAAGCAGAAAGACCAUUUAAGAAUUGUUAUGGACGGUUUCCGACAACCCUCUUUCUGCUGAAAGCUAUUUAUUUAUUAGUGUAAACCACAUUUUGCCAUUUAUUCUGAGGUAAAUAUUCAGGGUACCCCCAGAAAUCGAAGGUUCAUGGGUGCCUUACCCUUCUUUUAGGGUUUUUAGCGUGUGGAACGCAUAAUAAACACAACAGUCUUCAGUACGAGUCUAAAAAGUGGAUCGAGGUGGGGACCGCGUGGAUAGUAUUCAGAGGAGCACAACAGCCACAACUAGUACGACUGUGUUGUUAACUCUUCAGACGCAGGAAAAUGCAAAGGGUAGAGAAAUGGGAGUGAACAGCGGAUAAAACUGCCAGUACUUGGGGAAAGCGAUAACAGACUGUACGUCGGAGAGCGACGACAGAAAAAGUUGGCCCACAGGUUGGGCAUUAUCUAAUUUCAUACUACCACAUACCUUGGUGCGUCUCUUCGACCCCCAUAACGAAUCGCUGCACUUCUUAAGUAAUUUGCAUGUACCUUUAGAAGGACUUCUCCCUAUGCCCAGUUCUAGUUGUCUGAUAUCCGCUACAAACAUACUUAUUUGUCGAACACACAUGCUCACUCUUGACUUGAACAGCCUUUGAAGGUGCUCAGGAAGAUUGUGCAUUUGACUGCUCUGAAAAAUUUUCACAUCAUGCAUGUAAUUGAAUAUACUUUUGUGCUGUUGUCUCUGCGCUAAUCUGCGGGGCUGAGGCUCAUUCAAUCUUUCUUUAGACUUCAUUAAUCUAAGGUACGAAGCAGCUUAGUUGCCUGACUCAGAAACCUUUUGAAAGAUUCAAUAUCAUGUAAGAGGUAUGUACACCAUGCUUGUGAUUUGAAUUUGAGCCAUGACCAGCCAGGCGCAAAGUAUGGCAUAAGAAAGUUUUGUUUGGCGACAUGUUGGGAGCACCUACCAAUGAGUUACAGACUUCGGCAGCGGCCACGGGGCAUCAUUUCAAAGUCGUAAAGCAGAGACAACACUUCAGAUCGGAUGAUGACUUCGCCCGUCCUUGUUAGAAUACGCAUUUAUAAGUCAAAAGCUGGCAUACUGCAAGGAGCUAGGAGUUCUGCGUAUUCAUCCGGAGAUCUCAUCCGAAAAAUUCAGCAAAAUCUUUCUAGGUGGAUUCAUGAUCUCAUGUGUGACCUAAGAUAUUUUUGUUACCUGUAAAUAUUAAUCAACCGUCUCUGACUUGUCAUUCAUGCCGAUAAGAAAAAGCAAUAAACUUGUGCAGAAUCAUGCGAGCAAAACCCUUCACUGGAAGCUUGGUUGGUGUAGCUCCAUUCAUGCGAAUGUCGAUAGUUCAAUGAUUAAAAAAACUCAAAUCUAGUCGAUUGAGUUUUCGGCCAUAUUAUACCCACAGAGUUUUACAUGAAUUUAUGGGUCGCUGUGAGGCCUCAAAAUACAGCCCCCCGUCAUACCUUACUGAAUAUCCCUGUUCGGGAAUUGCGAGGACACUUCUAAGACGCAAUCCUUUCUUAUUGAAACCAUGUUGACGGAGGCUUAACAAUUUCUGCCCAUCCAAAAAAGUGGAGUAGACCGUCAAAUAUGAUUAUUUUACGUCCCACUUUGAUAUGGUCGCGUGGGCGUCGGCUCGCAGACACCCACUGAAAUGUUAGGGGGCGCUCACCGAUCGUUCAUACGGAACUCACUCGUUCCAUUGUGCCUUAAGGGCUCUCUCUCGAGCCCAACCAGCAGCCGCACAGCGGCGCAUGAUAUAUAGGCAGAAUGCUAUUACCGACAAAGACAAGGGAGACUGGAAUGGCCAUUUCUGGCUUAUUAGCCACAAGUGUGGACGUCGUGUGUACCCCACGAUCGAGUGUUGGUCGUCCGUUCAACUAUUUUCGUCGAUUAUGUUUCGUUUGAUGAAGCCAGAAAUGGCCAUUCCAGUCUCCCUUGUCUUUGUCGGUAAUAGCAUUCUACCCACUGAAAUGUUUACUAGGUUUGAUCAGUAAUUAUGGGUUACAGUUUGCUAUUUUCAUUCCGGCAGUUCGACCUUCGUGCCGGAUGAUGUCCACCGUGUGUUUCACACCAAGAAGAUGCGAGCAAGGGGACUUGCGCGUGAAUUAAUUGUACUGGGAGUAGACUUGUGCAACACCUACCUGACUCUCUCCUCCCCGCCUGAGCCCGGUGCCAAAGUAUAGUAAGGAAGACCGAGGUGGGGGAGGGCACAGGUGGCUGGCGUGGCCGGACCCGCACCUAUGCGCAAAACUCCACAGACCGUGGUCCACAAGAAACACUUGACCAGGGUUUUUACCGACAACAACAGCACCACAACGGGACAGAAAGACGACGAGGAUGACUGGGCAGCCAUGGUCAUGACUUGUAUACUCAGCGGGAACGCAAGCGCAUCUGCCGGCAGCGAAUCAGGUGCAGGGGAACCGCCGGCGCACACCGGACUACGAGGGCCAUGGCUUGCUGAUCCCGGCAUAGCAUACGCUUACAAUCCCUGAGACCCAGACGUUUGGCACACAGCCCUUUAUUUGCCUAGGCUGCCACCUUUCAAAGGCCGGGUAACCAGUCGGUUGUCGACUGAGAGGCAUUACCCAUAUACACGCACACCUCACAUGCGUGAGGAUGCCAGAAGUCACAUUGAGAAAGAGCCGUUGCAACCUGACCCUCAGGUCAUCAGUUCGCCAUACACAACUCAUCUGACAACGUGGACUGAGUUGAAGCGUCAGUCGGCGGCCUUCCAUGCCACGACGCGUGGCGCAGCAUUAUAGCCCCAGGCUCAAAUCUCAUACGCAGCAGAUGAACCAUAUGGAGAGAGAACCGAUAAGCCUUCACAAUUAGUUGCUAUAAGACUGACGCUCAACAAACCGCAUUUGGGGCUGCCAAGAAUGAGGCAGGGAUUCACAUUAUUCACUCCUGGAAGGUUCUUGUCAUCUAAGUGCAGCAGAUGUUCAAUCGACUUUUGGUGGCUAAGUUGUCAAGUUUUUCGUUUCGAAAACUAUCCUGUGGAGACCUCUACCUAGGUACUUAGGCGUUUCAGAAAACAAUUAUGUUUUGUCUGUCCUUCCUAUAUUUGCAAGUGUGGACGUAGCAUCUUUUUGCAUGAGCUCUGACCAAAUCAACUAAUCGGAUAUCGCUUCGGUCUGGGCUCAGUUGAUUCAGAUUGGACACUUUAUUUCGAAUGUUUACGUUGCUGCAAAAUUUUCCCAGUUAGUUUUUCAUUCGACUCCAAUGCCAAAGCUCGUUGGGUUUUCUGUGUACCCCACGACCGAGUGUUGGUCGUCCAUUCAACUAUUUUCAUCGAUUAUGUUUCCUUUGAUGAUAGUCAACUGUGCUUAUACAAUUGGCCCCCUUCUAAGUCCAACAGCGGUCAGUACAUUUGGGAAGUCAUAUUUCUUAUAAUUUGAAUAUUUGUCUUUCAGUGCAACUCCACGUGUUUAAGAUGUUUUGGAGACCUGCUAGAAAUAACCUCGACAAUAAAGGAUAUAUGCAUGGCAACUGUUGCCAGUAUUGAUUGCAAGGACAAGACGAAAACGGGUCCGCACUAGAACGUGUGAGAGAAUGUGCGUUAUCCGUUUAGCCUCGAUGGUAUGGUGACCAUCUUCCAUGCAUGAAAUCACUCAACGGGUCAUUGAAGACCACCCUCCUAGAAUGAUACCUUUUCAUCAAUAUGACGACAAAAAUGGGGUCAGCCUGGCUCAGGCCGCGUGUUUCUCGGCCUGCGCUGGAUCUGCCGUACACGCGUCUGGCCUUUACCCCACUCCAGUCGCUGCUUUCAAUCACAUCACCAACCGGUCGGUCGGAUAGGAAAAUCGACUGGUGUAUGUGAGAGGGAAGUGAUAGUGGGAUAGAAACUGAGAAUUCUAUCCUCACAACACAUGACCGCAUUCUUCACUAUAGUAAAUCUAACGCACUCGAAUCGAUCACUGCGCACUAAGAGUCGUUGGUUUGAAGGCUGUCGACGGUCGGGAUAAUUCGGUCCUUCGUAGAACUGACAGUGAGACUGCAAUUGCUCCCUAUUAACGUAGUUUUUGAGGCAUUGCACUCACGUUAGAUGCCAUCCGAUCUUACGCCAACCUGAUACAUGACCAAGCCGUAUGUAACGCGUGUAGGCGAGCCGUUCAACUUUGUCAGCCAGCCCACCCCCGUCAUCCUGGCAUCGUUUUAUCAUCGGGGCAAGGAUGGACGUCCUCAAGUUAUGACGGUUUAACUGGCGUCGUAUCCACUUUACGGAUUAUUCGUGGGCCGCGUUUUUAGGGGUCCACUUCUCACUUUCUUUGUUUGCCUCCUGCUUGAAGGCCUCGUGGACGUGUGGUUCCAGCGGGUUAAAGAAAAGCAUAUUUUGUGUGCUAAACGCACCCUUGCAGUCGCAGGGGUCUAAGGAUAGAGUCUUCUGUUCGUUCGUUUUAUCUAAACGUGCGGUUUCCUGUAUCGCAUGAACAUCCAGUAUGCCGAUUUCCUUAUUUCGGAGAUCCUGGACGUUUAUCAAACAUAUUUAGCUUAGCAGAGAAGACUAUCAGCUUGACCUGUUUCUAUAUCUGAGCAAUUUUGAUGAUCUGCUUUCUCAAGUUCUAAUGUUCUUCCGGUAGGCCUACCGCGCAGGUUCCGCAUGACCAAAAACAUUCCGAAUUUUAUGGUCUGGCAUAAAACUCGUACUUUCUAGUGAUAACUUUGACGCAUUGAUAUGGUGCCAAAGUCUUCAGUUACGACGCCUUAACCAGUGGGCGUAAUCCGAUAUUCUUUUCGAUGGAAAAUUGCAUUUCCAAGGCAAUUUGACAAUUUGCCGUUAAUGUAGCAAGAAAAUUCGAAAGUCCUUACUCAACCGAAUGUCAGUCAGGGUCGUUUUGUGGAAUGUGUGCUGGUAAGAAGGAGUUACAUUAAGUGUCUCGACAGCGACUCACAACGUUCUACUGACGAAUGUUUGCCAAGCGUUAUGUUCUGAAAAAAAAGCAAAUUUAAUCGGAUUUUGGCGCAAUAAAACGUGGCUAAGCAGACUUUCUCAAAAAAUAUUCAAUGCAGACGUUAUCGCCAACGCGACUCGACCGUCCUCUCGUGUGCAGCAUAUUUUGUGUGAUGACUAACUGGGCUGUUGGCAAUACAAACCUUGGCAAAGUGGAAUUGACACGCCAUUCGUUCUACCGGCAUCUGCCCUAGCCGUUCGAGGUCGCCGUCAGUAUUAUUUGUUAAUGGAUUCAAUCUCUUCUUGUUUCAAAUCAACAUCAGAUGGGGCUCUUCUAAUCUUUUCUUGUUGUCACGAGAAAGUUAGCUCUGGCACGGAAUUCAUAAACAACAGCAAUAUGCUGCCGGCCUCAAUAAUACAACAUUUCCUACUGCAGAUACAUUGAUUUUGAAUAGCUCCUGACAGACAAAUUGUAUCAAAAGUUUGCGCCAAAACGAGAGAUGGCAUUGCGUACACGUUUGCGACCACUGUUUGCUGAUCCGCGAAUAUUGGAACACGUCAGGAGACUUUGAUCGGAUCAGUUGGUACUUAAACUGACCAGACUGUUACUACGCCUGCGGCGUGACCUUACUCCAGGUUCUCGAGUGUCUGUGUGCUAACGUUCUCACCGAAAUUAACGAAAUGUUUUUACCAAACUGGCUUUGUUGACUGUCUGAACUUUGUUUUGACGCUGGAACACGGCAAGUGUGGGAAAAGAGAGGGAGCUCGGAGCCGCGCAAGUCCACUGCACCGUAAUUAAGUUUGCCUGCAAGUCUCCACUGCGCCCACGGUCCCCGCUGUUUUGGAUUCAAGCUCCUGUUCCAGCAACAGCGCUCUCUCCAUGUCAGUCUCUGUCUGGACCUCCCAUUUUAACAAUUUAUUUGGGUGAAUACAGUAAGUGGACUAACUCAUGAAACGUCAACCGAAAUUUCAAAAUGCGUUCUCGUUUCGAAAAGAUUAAUUAAGUUGAGUGGUAAAACUAAUCAUUAUGCUGCGUAAUUCUAUAAUAAUCCAGUUACCUCAGGGCGUAGGCUUUCGAACCAACUUCCUUCCUGCUGAAUGCAAAACUAUACUCUGCAAAAAAUGACAACUUAAGUAGCAUGGAACUUUCUCAUUGAUUUUCGAUGCCCUUGAAAAUUCAAUUAUUUUUCACGAAAAAAACACAUAAAAUAUCCAUUCUUUUGCUCAUUCGGUAGAAACUUACGUCUUCGUUCCAUUUUAUACUCGAAGAAGGAGUAUAAUUCGGUUUUAAAAGUUUCUAAUUGUGAGAUUUUUUAGUACCGUGAAAUGGCCGUUCAUAAAACGUCAUGUAUCUGCACUUCCCAAUGUGGCUUAUAAAGUUGAGAAUAUUCCUCAAAUCCACUGCUUAAGUUUGUAAACCCCAUAUGGUCUCCUCUUAAUACCGUAGAGAAAUGUAUGGUUUUUCGUACACGGAAAAUAUACGACUUGUAGUUUUGAAUCCCUGAAUGCAAGUAUUGUAACAGGUCGGGUUCAAAAUGUUUCGUGAAUUUGAAAAGUUUUUUAAAACCGAAUUAUACUGUUCUUUAAAGUAUAAAAUUGGAAGAAGACGUGAUUUUCUACCGAAUACUUAAAAGAAUCAAUAUUUUAUGCAUAUUUUCUAUGAAGUAUAAUCACAUUUUCAAGGGCAUCUAAAAUCGACGAUAAAAUUGCAGGCUACAUAAGUAGUCAUUUUUUGCAGAGUAUAGUACUUGCAUGCAGCCGGAAAUAAGUUCAUUUGAAAGCCGGCACCCUGCAGUAACUGGAUCGUGAUAUAAUUAUGCUGCAUAAUGAUCAGUUUUACAACCCUACUUAAUUAAUGUUUUCGAAACGAAAACGCAUUUCAGAAUUUUGGUUGACAUGUCAUGAAUUAGCCCACCUAUUGUACGCAUCAAUAGACUCAACAAUGGUCUCUGGAAGGCCUCCAUCUACCCACUGGCUCGUUCUAUGGUCUGAGGUCACGUAGCCUUCCACGGAAAUCUCGUGAGCAGUGUUUCGUGGCAUAUUGUCCACGCUAUUGCGGUCUGAUAAGAGCAGUAUGGGUUCUAAAUAUGAACUGACCGUUUGGACAGACAGGGCUGGGAUGGUUGUGCUGUGGCAACUCUGUUUCCCAAUAUUCCAGUCGUGCCUUCUUGCCACCUUUUUGUAUUCUGCUGCCUUCGACGACUGCAGCGUCAUUUUUACAGCGGUUCACCAUAUCUGUCGAGUUGGCGUAGUGUCGAGUUAGAAAGUGUACCCACGGCAGUGGGACAGAGUGUUUAGUGCAAUCCACAGGUGGUGCCGAUUGCUUCAUGUUCGCUACUUUGUUUUUGUCGUUGGCCAGUCCAACAAAAUGUAUUCAAGUGCAAGGAGGUCCAGAAGCUGUUGCAUGGCCCAUCCUGCGGUCUUGUUGAGUGCGCUGCCAUUAGCUAACCGGUUGUGCAUCUUACCCAAGAAGAACUUUGUGGGGACGUGCAUUACCCGAGCGGUGAGAAGCUUCCUAUCGUUGCUUACUGUCGUUUACACUGUGUUCAUCGCCUUAUUGGUAGAAUCAUAACUAAAAGAUCCUGGGGUAACGACAGGGUGUAGGACUCCCAAGUAGAUGGCAACUCCGAAGAUAUAUCCUAAGAUUCACUGUGACUGUAAACAUCACUUAUUAUUCACCACUCCCAUUAAUUGAAAUUCCCCCGCCUUCCUGACUAAAUGUUACCAGCGGCGUUUUAUUUAAUGUCCGGCAUUUUUUGAAAGUUGUAUUUUGUUUAUUUUUCUAUUAUCGCGCUCACUUUCAUUCCCGAAUGGCAGCGUGCGAUAGGACCUUCGGCAGAAAUUUAUUUAUUUUCUGCGUCUCCUUGCUCUCUCUGUCCUGUGUUGCGCCACCCGUAAAACUUCCUCUACCACCACUCAACGUAUGACACGGUCCACAGGCUAUUGUUGCCUAUCCUUGCUUGCUGCAAAACACUCCUGCAUUUCAGACAUUAACUGUCGAGGUUAGGGGAGGGAGUGAAGAUAGAUUUGAGAUUUUAAGUUCAUUUUCACUUCGCAUUAAUUUAUGUUUAGUUGACUGCACAACUAUGUUAGGAAUGGCUUAUUAUGAAAAAAAUCACCAAUUCAAGGCAUUAGGCUGUUGUUUAAGAUACGACUCUUCACCUUUAACGGCGGAUUUGUGACAACAAAAAGGCUUUUCUUUUGGGGGAGGGGUUUCUUUAUUUCCCCCUGAUCAUCUGAUGAAUCAGAUGGUCACGAUAAUUCCAAUAGGAGGAUUCAUAAGACCGUUUGACGAGCAUAUGUGUGCUUUCGAUAAAUCCUCGCCGGGCCAGUGUGGUGUAUGUGGGAACGGGGUGCAAGUAAGACAUCUGAGUCAUGACAGUAGUCAAUUAAAGUUCUUCGUAACAAAUUACUGGGGUGUGUGAGCAUGGGGGAGGGCUAAGAAGAGGUACGGAUUUCGUACGUAGUGAGAGGCAGAACUAUUCCAGCGGAAGGAGGGCGCGAACAAGCACAUGCACAGUUAACGGACCUUUGAUUACGGUAAACGCGGAGCUUGUACGAGGUCCUUCUGUGCACGCAAGACUUGAUUGCGUAACCUAACGGCAGCCUCUUCUUUUGUUGCGAGAAUAAUGCUGUUUAUGCACCUAGUUUAGCCUUUUCCCAGUCAUGUGAGGGGGGGGGAAGGUGUCUUCUUAUUGUUUUGGAUAGGGGCAGGCUCAUGCGAGCAAUAUAACCUGCUCCACAGGGGGCAAUUGAGGGAGUAAAUACACAUUAAGGUGGUCUGAGAUGGCAACCUCCCCUUAACCUCGCCGUGUAAGAUGGGGUUGGUAGGUAAUAAUACCCGGGCGCUUCCUCCUGGUAAGGUUCGUCAGACAGCUUUGUCAAGGUGUCUUCUUGGGAGCUCACUCACUGCAUCCCCUUGAAGGGGGACUUUGAGGAACAGGAGUUUCUUUCCUGCAGUUAGUGUGAUGCAUUUUGGUAGUCUCUCGAUAGUGUACUUAGCAAUAAAUCUGUCUGGAUACCCGUUCUCGCGAAGCGGCGGGUCCUGGAUCUUUCUGAGUUCCUCGUCGAUGCUGUUCGCUAAACGGAUUUUUCUAGUCCUUUCUGCCGGACAAUGGACCAGCCUGCGUGUCUCUUGACGGCGUACGAAACUGGAGAAGUUAGUAUAUGGCACAGACCAAGUUUUCUUUCGAUCGGCGCUCCUUCGCACGCUGCUGUUAGGCCUUCUGCUUAGGAGGGCUUCUGACAAAGGGAACUAACUAGCCGUCGCCUCCUCCAACUUUAUCGGCGGACGUGCAUGCCUUACGGCAUAUAAGCGGGCAUCGAGGUUGGUUUCUUCAGUGGUGAUUGCGAAGAUGUCAUCAGAGUUACGACCGCAGCCUCUUAGUCUACUUAACUGGUCGUGUAGUUGCAAUUUUAUCCAGCUUGCCAAUGAAGACGUCUUUCGGGAGAGAGCCAAGACGCAAUCCCACAGCAACGCCGUCUAUUUGUUUGUACGGUUGGUUAUCAAAAGAGCAUCGGACAUUUAGUGUUCAUACGAGUAAUAGUUCCCUGAGUGCGUUCGUCGGCAUUCCUAUUUGCUGCCGAUUGGCAGAUGGGUAUUCGCAGGUGUGAUGGAUGCAUUGAGAUAGCACGAUGUGUACCACACUCGACGGCAGACAUGGGUUUCGCCGAUAUUCUGCUACUGUAUAGCAUAGCUACGAGGAUUUCGGCUCAUCAGUGGAUCCCCCGGCGUCCCCUGUGUACUUUCUGGUAAAUACGCCCGUUUCGAAACUGCAGCUUUUUAAAUUUCUUCAGAAACUUAUCGCCAACUUUGAGUAAAUCAGUCCCUUUGAGACUUACAGGCCUAGAAUCCAUCUUAAUGUGAAUAUUUGGAUCGAAGUCCAUCAGCCACUGCGGAAUAACCGCGUGACAUUCACAAGCUGCCAAUAGGCAGCUAGUAGUUUGUACUGAGAUAGCACGAUAUACCAUACUUGACGGCAUAUUUACUGGCUAAAAGCCCAGACACGCCUUUCGCCGAUAUUCUGCUGCUGUAUGGCACAGCUGCGAGGGUCCUUCGGCGUCCCCUGCAUGCUCUCUGGUAGGUAUUCCAGUUCUGAAAUUGCAGCUUUUAAUUUUCUUAGAAAUUGAUCACUAACUUUGAGUAAAUCAGUCUCAUUGUGACGUGCAGGCUCUGAGUAAAUUUUUAUAUGAAUAUUUGGACUGGCUGCCUGUUGGCAGUUUAUGAAUGUUGGGCGGUUACCCCGCAGUGAUUGGUGAACUUCAGUCCAACUAUUCAUAUCCAAAAUUGGUUCUGUAGGUCUCACAUCAACUGAUUUACUCCAAGUUAGCUAUCGAUUUCUGAGGAAAUUAAAAAAACUGCAAUGGAGUCUUCUUAAGCAGUCGGUUAGUUGUGCCUCUCCUUCAUCCGUUCAAUCCCUUUCUUUGUUCACUUUUGUGUAUUUCUCCUGGUCUGACAAGGUGAACUUCGUUCUCGUCACACAGUCCGGUCAGUUCAUUAAAACGAUGCCCAUCCCUUUAUCCGGUCUAUCUGCCAAGAUAUCUUUGUUCUCUCGAAGCUGUUUUAACUUCCCUACGUUUGCUUUUGUCAGAAAUCGCCGACUUUUGGUUCCGUGUUCAGUUACCGAUAAGUGCAAUUUACCGGAGUUUAUUUAAAAUGUUAAAAACUUUGUCUUGUUUAAUUUCCGAGAAAAUGAAUGCUCGAAUUGGGGUAAGUGCUUUCGAACAGACUUUUUUAGGUACGGUCCGAAAGUUAAUAUGUAUAUUUGAGCUGAAAUCCGUCGGUUGUUGCAAAAUAACCGUGUAAUAUUCACGAACCACCGACUGGCUGCCAGUAGUAGAGAAUUGUGCAAUAAUUUACCGUACUAACAACACAGGUAUUAGCUAAAAGCCCAAACACGCGUGUUUCGGCGAUCCUGUGCCGCUACCUGAAGUAGCUGCUAGAGGUUCGGCUCAUUAUUUGGUCCCCCAGUGGUCUGUUUCGAAUAAUUUACUCCAAGUUCACGUAUUAAUUUCCUCGGAAAUUAAACAAGUCUGGGUGAAACUGGAGUUCAUAUAACCAGAAAACACACGGGGCAGGCUGAGGGACCCACUGAUAAGACGAACCCCUCGCAGCUGCGUCAGACAGCGGCACCAGAUCAGCGAAACACGCGUGUCUGGUCUUUUGGCUAAUGCCUGUGUUGUCAGUAUGGUAAAUAAUUACACAAUAUUGGAAACUGUCUGCGGGAACUACAGUUCCGAUAUAGGUGAUUUUGGAUUUUUAAACGGCAGGCUAAGCGUGCCUCUUCCAUUGCAUAAGUGGUGCUCUGCCCUCCGACAAGAAAUGAGGACCAUCUUUAUGGGCCCUGAAAUCACCUAUGUUCAGAUCGCGAUCACCAUCUCUUUUUUAUUCCGUGACUUGAUAUUCUCUGUGCGCAUUACGUCUAAAACAAUGGACCCUUAUAUUUAGAGGUACUUUUCAUCCCAAACGAUGAUUCGUCCCUGAACCUCAUGUCUGACCAUCUUCUGCCUUAGAGUCGAAAUGUCUUGGGUUCAUCGUCACCGCCCAGCACUGGUAUCUUUGGAGUUUUUUGGCUCCAGUGACGAUAACUUCCAUCCUGACUUGUAGACAUAUCUUGUUACUCCGCAGCGCCCGUCAAAAAGUAUUUCAUUUCAGUGGACGGAAUGUAGAUCCCUCAAAGAGAUCCGAAGUGGUGUCCACGAAGUCGACACAUUCCGACUUUUUUGAUGCACCUCCAAAUUUUUCAAGUCCCACCAGCAUGCCAACUUAACUUUUACGAGCCAAUUGCUGAGCUUUUCCUGAGCCUUUGUUGGCGGUCGCCAGUGUUGGGUUAACUGCUCCAAGGGCAAGGGAGGUCGCGAACCCCUCAGACCCACGUUCACCAACAAACGCAAAUUCCUCUUGCAAAUCGUUAUCUACCUGACGCCCCUCUCCCUCCUCCACAAGCACUUAAGACUGCUGGAUAGAGUGCCUUUUCCGCACCUGGUUCACCACCAUCAAGUAAAUAGAGUAAACACCACUACUGGGCUUACAAUUACGGCACAAUGUCGAAGAGAUGACGUCACGGAUGGAUAACUCGCCAGCGCGCGUGAAAUGGCCGUCGCGAACGACGAUGUCCACCGUGUGCCCCAUGGGCACAGGACGGUGACUUGCGCGUGAGCUAGUUUCCGGCGAUAGUAGGCUUGCUCAGCAUCUGCCUCACUCCCGUCCCCUUCACCCACACGAAUCCGGUGGCAAGACAGUGUCGCAACGACCGGAGGCGCACUGGGGCACAGUGGUUGACCAGGCUAAACAGCCCGCACACGACCUGAUUCCCUGCACAAUGGUUCGGGAUUUCACGAGGGCGGCUCGAAUCCCAUCUAGGAGGGAGCCAUUUGGGCUGAAUCUCCGUACUGAGUGGAUCGAGUCGCCUGAUCAGUUAUGUAAACUUCCACGCAAUGAAUUUUAGCGAGCCAGGUUUAUGUUUAGUGAAGAAUGCGUUGACGUUCUGUGAGGAUGCAUUACCCAGAAUCUACCUCGCUUUGUCAUUCCUCCGCCGUGUGCCAGUCGGCUGUCAGAGCCUGUCGGCCAUCUGGCGCUGGGUUUGGGUGCAGAGGCUGGCAUUACAUCCCAGCGUGCGACAGUAGAUCCUGGAUGCGCGUAUCCCGCACGGCUCGAUUAACGCGUGCUGCGAGCCGUUCUAGCCCACGUUUUUGUGCUGCGCAACUGCAACCUGACCACUUUUGGUGGCCAACGACGAUCUUCCAUUGCAUCAGUAACAAGCGUCCCUGAUCAGUGGUCAAGUCUCAGGCGCACGCGACACAGUAUUAACCAAAGACACUUAUCAUGAAAAACUUCGGACUUUUGAGCAUCGGCAACACUCGUUACACAGCAAUGCAGUUGGAUGACACGACCUGCACCUACAGAGUCGAGUUUUCCUUUCCUUCCUACACCUCACAACGAGACCGUGGGCUAUUCAAGAGAGACGAAAGGACCUGUUGCAUGCACAUUAUAUUAGGCACUUUAAGGUCUAAAAAUGGUAGCCGUCCGCCCCCUAUCCUUUCGCGGUCAUGGCAGGACCCUGUACCAUCCCUGCAUUGCCAGGCCGUUGAGCAGUGUUUGUACUGUGAGGAAUCCUAUGGCCAUCAUCGUUUGCGAUGGUCGAACUGUCGCUAUUAAGAGAAGAAGAGGAUGUAGGAGGAGGAGGUUGUGUCAGUGGUGGCGGUGGAGGAGGAGGAGGAGGAGUAAAAAGAAGAAGAAGAAGAAGAAGAAGAAGAAGAAGAAGAAGAAGAAGGAGAAGAAGAAGAAGAAGAAGAAGAAGAAGAAGAAGAAGAAGAAGGAGAAGAAGAAGAAGAAGAAGAGAAAACAAAGUGACAACGACAAAAAGAGAUGAAAAGGUAGAAUCAAAUUGUUAAGGAUAGUAGAUUCAUGGCCAAGAAAGGUAGGUCAAAAGGAUGGCGGGUGACAAGAAGGGGAGUGGGAAGCGUGCGUUUUACUCUAUGCAGACUACUUUUUGCGGUUCAUUGGCGAUCCACUUGGACACAACGACGAAGAAUAGACUCACGUCACUAGUAGAUAGUCCAGAUUCGAGCACAACAGGUCUUGUUCUCAUUCGGACGCUUGUAGCUGACGAAAACCGUAGCCAGUGCCUCAUUUGUCGUCUAGGCAAGACUAUCUGGCGGAAGGAUAGCACCUUUUCAGGCGCCAGCAUAAACGAUGGAAUACCUUCGCCUUCCAUUGUUCACCCAGAUCUCUGCAUUUAUUACUAAUAUGCCUUCAUGAAGUUAAGGAGUUUCAGAAGCAUGCGCCUAGCUGCAGUGAGCUUACCGAGAGUACCGGACCAAGACUACCAAGGUACUUCUUUGUUUGCGCAACCCGUUAGGUGUGGAGGUGGUUCAGGGGGGAUUUUAACCAAGCUGUUGAUGACGAUGUCCAUCGGGCUGCGGCCUUCCUAUUUGUUCCUCUCCUCGAAGGAAUGACACAAGAAGGGUUUUUGAGUAUUUUUGUUGGAGUCUGGCUUCACCCGGGAAGGAGUGAGGAUACUGUUUUUCCGAAGGUUCUCGGUACCUACCGAACUUUCGGCGCACAGUCGUAGGGGUAGUUGUGAAAGAGGUUUCGCUGGGUGCAUCCAGAGAUGGCUGGUUAAGUAACCCGUAAAUGGUUCCUUCCGGCCCAAAAACCUCUCCGUAAGGUAGCAAGGACAUCCGCCCUCAUUUCUAUCCUGAUCAACUAAUUAAUAUUUUUUGAAAAAAGAGUCAAUUAGGAGUACCGUAGAUGUAAUUGACUGUUGAGAAAAUAUCAGGAAAUGAGAACUUGUAGGAGAGGAAGGACUCAUUUCAAAACUAUUCCACCAACAGACGGUUAUCUGCAGCGAUGAAAGAACAUGCCUUUCCGGCACCGCGGACGCGUCGCUCGUCCUCCGCCAAUCAGAUGCCCGCGGAUACCCAGUCUCGCCCAACUCGCGCCAUGGUCUGUGUAGGCAGGCAAGACCUCAGCAAUCAUGUUCCUACCUGCGACCUCUCAUUAUUCAUAUACGACGGCUGUGCGUCACGGUUGUCUGCCAGAGUGGAACGGCAUGUAACGCCCCGGCAUGCAUGCGGCUGACUGGUUUUUUAUGUGUGAAUCUUCGGCAGUUGGGCAAAUUAGCUGGAUUAGGAUUUCAAGGACCCACGUAGAUGCAGACGCGAUUGCGCCCUCAUGGCAGCAAUUUAUGAACUGUACUCACUGGCUGUUUUAGCUCCUCACACAGAGGAGUAGUCGGCGACCCCGCCUGCCUACUGUUUGCACUCGAGAACGUGGUCAAUCUUCAUCCUCGUUAUUUAAAUACCGUGUUGGCGGAUUUUUCUUGGUACGCUAAAACUCGGGUGUUGUUUUCUGCCAGCUUUCAUCAUCAUCGUCAUAAUCAUCAAGAGGUCGGUCGCCGGUGACACACCGGACAGAGGUGGCAAUUAUCUUUUUUGACUUAUUCUAUGUUUUUUUGCUUUUCCCCCUUUUUGCUUCCUCUUUCUUUUCUUCCUCUCACCGAUUUCUUCGGUUAGAGUCAAGGUUGACUGUAUUUCUCAGAACAAACACUGUUAGUAGUCAAUGAAAAAAACAGUUUUUUGUAGUAAAAAUACUCCAUUGUUGACCCACAUCCUACACUUGAGGCACGAUGCUCUUGCCACAGAAUCAAACUUAACGAAACUGCUUCCGAGUGGUGAUUUUGUUUCACUCUGUUGCAAAACGUAUUCUGGUUCCCCGUAAAUGAACUCCGGGCCUGAAAGCUAAACGUUAUAACUCAGAGGUUAAAAAAGUUUUGAUGGUACCCAGCAGUCGGUGUUUAUAAGAGGAGAGUCUUGCAUUUACGUCCGGUUAUUCAAGACGUUCAUGUAGUCUGUUUGCGCAAGCGGCUUGUGGUCUUUUGGAUCUCAUGUUCUCUCGCGAGAGUGAAAGCCCCCUUUACCUUUUCAUCGCCGCUGGUUUGGUGCCUUGGUCUGCCAGCGCCGCCAGUUGAAAAAUCAAUUCACAUACCGCAAAUGCCUGGAGCUCGUCAGCCACAUCGCGACGGGUGAAUGAUGGUGAUGUUGGUGGUAGUAGUAGUAGCAGCAGCAGUAAUGGUAGUAGUAGUAUUGGUAGUAGUAGUAGUAGUAGUAGUAGUAGUAGCAGCAGUAGUAGUAGCAGUAGUAGUAGUGGUAGUAGUAGUAGUAGUAGUAGCAGUAGUAGUAGUAGCAGUAGUAGUAGUAGUAGUAGUAGCAGCAGUAGUAGUAGUAGUAGUGACUGCUUUGGCUCCUAACGAGGCUUUUAUGGCGCUCCCACUCUGUCGGAAUCCGACCCGUCCCCCCUUUUUACUGUUAUGUAGAAUCCCUGUCAGUUGUACGGGGUGGGCCAGGAGUGUGGCGGUACAUCGGGGUGCAGGUUUUCGCCGUGUUAACCACCUGCCUCCUUUCUCCGCCCCCCCCCAGGUAGGUGAUGAGGAGAGAGUGCGGUAGAUGCUGUGUCGGUCCACUAUAACUUUAUACCUACUCAGGAGCAAGUCACCGUUCCUGCUUCCGCCUUGCUGUAAAGUAAACUAUGGAAACGACGGUCAAGAUGUCGGUGGUCACGGUUCUGAUGACGAUGAGGAUGAAGAAGAUAGUGAUGAUGAUGAAGAUGAGGAUGGAGAACACUACCCUUACGUAAGCAGGGCAAUUUUCAAAGGACGCUUUCGGACUUGGCAGCAUAUUGUCAUUUUUAGGAUGUGCAUAACCCCCUAGUUUGGAUAAAAUUAGCCUAGGUUUUUAAAUUCGAAGACCAACAUCUGCUUCUGCUAGUUUGCCAUCCUUCACAUAAAACAAUUAUGCUAUGGACUCCUUCUGGGAUUAUCUUGGUCAGUUGCGCUUGACCCUGUUGCUGCCGCCAUCACGCUCAUCACUGCCUUCUUAAACGGGCGCAUUUGCACGUUUGGAAUCGGUUCUAAUCCACUCAAUCAUCAGCCAUCAGUGUUUUGACUGAAAGUGUGCCCUCCACGCCAAUUAACUCUGUUCGUGCAUGUCUCAGUUACUGACUGUAUGCAUCCUUAUGCUACCCCAAAUGCAUUUUGGCGGUAUUGGACUUUGUGGUUGGCAAUGCUGGUGCCCGCUCAGCUCUGUUGAUUUCAUCUUGCUGUUGGCUCCCCUCGAGCAAAACACUCGCCGACAAGUCGUUUCUGAUACGAAAAAAGACACGCGGGUUGAUGCUGAUUCUCUCGCCGUUAUGCACUGUGUGACUAACAACUGUCUCGUUCUUACAUGACUGUCGGGAACAGUCGAUAGAGCCAUCAAAGCUGUCUCGUGGCCCCUGGAAAUGCGAACUCGAUUACAGGACCACCCACUGCAACCCCUGGAGAGGCUGUGUAUUAUUAAAGCAUCCGAAAUUGUGAUAGCGGGUGAGCACAGGGACAUCGGCGGUAGGGUUGGGGUUAGAAUUAAGGCACAGAAUUAAGUAGUCCUCUGGAGUUUAGCUCUAGACCACCUAUAGUACCCGCGGUCUGUAUUCUCGUGCUCGAUCAUAGUAGCCUAUUAAUGAAUCCGUCCGUAACAAGCGACGACAAAACGCACCCGGAAAGGCCUUGUGAGCUAACGUGCGAAGUUUUUGUAAUGAAUCAGACUUCUGACGCCCCCAUAAUCGCUAUUCUUAUGACAAGGGAAACUGAAGAUGAAGGCGGAUGCAGUCGCUUCCUACCGCACGCGCUUGCGUGCAGUUUUAUAAUUGCCAGUUGCUCGUUUCUAAUGCUUUAUGUGCCCCCCGCAUACCGAUUCUGACCAAACUCUCAUCCUGUACGACUGUGCAAGAUAAAUGGCAGGCUAAUGUCACUGACUGUGGGGAAUUAUAUGGGUGUGGUAUUUUCCACAAAGGAAGUCACUGGAUGAGGCAGGGGUUUAUUAUUAGGGAACCUGUCUCGCCCCUGCUGUGGUAUCUUUAGCCGGUAAUCACCAGAUCUGUAAUUUGACCGCUUCCCUUCUCCUUUUCGAGAAUGAUUUAUUAUUACGAAUGGCAGGAGGUACAGCAUAAGGCACGCUUUCCGAUCCCUUGCAGUUAUUAUCAGACAACGUCCUCAGUCGUACGACUCUCUACUUAUUUUUAUUGCUCUUUGAUCAACCACCCAUCCGUAUGAUCUGAUAAAAUCAUUUCAUCCCAGCCAAUGUCUGCAGUCAGCAUUCGUUGUCGACAAUGUCCUUCGUAUGCUCCACGGCAAGGUGAAGUAGGCACGCUGACGUGCACGUGAAUUAGUUGAUAAUGACAGUAGACUUGCGCAGCAUCUACCGCGCUCUCUCUCUUCCUCACGCCCUACCUGGACCUGGUGUCAGGACAGAGCCAAGAAGACCGGAGACGGGGAGGGAGACGCAGGUGGAUGGGGCAGCCAAGUCCGCACCUUGGCGCUCCAUUUCACACCCCCUGGUUCACACAACAACUGACCAGGACUUUAAUCAACAACAAAAACCACGACGGGUCAGAAGUGUCGUAGUCGUUUGAUUUUAGGUCUUGAGGUUUCACAAAUUUGGGGGUUCUAGUAUCGGUCAUGGCCUGUCCUCACUCCGCUUAUUCCUUUGUCAUCUUAUCAGCCUUUGGAGUCAGAAUUUUCUCUACGUUUUGUAAUGCGGGCCUCUGCCCCUUAGAGGUUUUUGGCUGUACACAUAGGCAGUGUUGUAUUUCCGACUUAAUGCAGUACAUGCAAUCAAACUGGACGCUAUUUUUUCUCACUUUAGAAACACUACUAUCAACCGGCAUUCACGCUAGUGGGUGCGGGCUUAUAUGAACCUUCGCAGACCUUCAUCCCCAUGAAGAAGGCGAUCCCGCAGAACACGCAGUGGAUCAAGGACAGUGUGGCAGCCUUUGACCCACCCGCUAAUAAGGUUGUCACCGCCGCUGGCAAGGAGGUAGUCCAACCAAUUUCAUGAUAUUUUUCUACAAAAAUUGCUCGUGUUUUAAAGCUUUUUUUACCGAUUCUUGAACCUAUAUGAAAGUGAGGGCCACGGAUUACUGGCACCAUCAUUUGAAUACUAUUCGAUGUCGUCACCCGCCCUCCAAUUUGACCACUAAUGAGUGCUCCGUUGCCCAAGCCCCUUAAUGAAGGCCUUAAUAAAAGCGACCAGCGCAUCCCCUCACCCAUCUUGAGCUCAACUACUUUCGCUGUUUCCGUGCAAGGCUUAACAGGGGAAAUUUGGAAUGACUGGUCGUCUAAGAACAAUGAUAUUCGUCCCAUUUGCGUAGUUUUGUCAACUUCAGCUCGGCUCUGUGACAUGAGUUGCUGCCUCUGCGUAGCUCGUGCUACGCAGACGGGCCACAUCAUAAAUUUUGACGCCGUUGAGAUCAUAGAGAGGGCGGGCGAUGAUCGCACAGGUGCAGGAAGCUUGGAUGUUCACCGGCUGCUGAUCCUACUGCCUCAUCCGCUAUCUGGUUUUAAGAACCGUCGUGAUGGUAGGCAGUGAAAGCGUGCAAACAUUGGGACCGCCAACUAUUGUCAUGGUCAGCGAAAGCGGGGGCGACACAGGUAACGGUGAAACGGGCGUUCAAUCCAGCCCCACAGUUUGAACAUGCGAAGUACACGUCGGACAAAAUUCGCCACACACUGACAACCGAAAUCACCACUCGAAAUGUUAGACCCAAAAUAAACCCCCCCCCCCACUGAACGCCCCUCCUUCUUUUAGCAUACCACCUAGGUAUCGAAUUCGCACCAAUAUUGAACUGGCUCAGGCCUUUGCCCGUCUAAAACCAUGCUUCUUCUUAACAUUGCCACCCUGAAAUCACUUAAAAGUGACCCCUUGAGCAGGAAGGAGCAUUGCGCUCUCAUUUUUUUGCCUUGACGUUCUGUGGACCGUUGCUUAGAACUCCGGGGCAAAAAACGAAACGAGCAGCUUCACUCGCACAAUUAGGUCGGCAGAGUGCUUUCUCCGCAUGACUAAAAAUUCUUGACGGCGCAUGAGCCAAUGACUCAAGUUACCUAGCUUCUGACUCUGAACGCUCACUGACCAACUGGACCAUCAUUUAAAUCUCCGACCUUCCCCGCUGACCUGUAGUUUGAAUAUCCCUGGUUGUUAGCGUCAUCUACUUCAGAAACAGCUAUUCCAACCCUCAAUACAUGCGAGAAGUCGAGUCCCAGGAAGUAGCGCAUAUGCAGUAGACUUCGUCGCUCGAAUAAGAGCUUUUUCACCUGCCGUUUCCAAUUCGCGCAUAAACCCGGCGCGCCAGGUGAGAGUAGAGUUCAUGUCAGAUUAAUCGAGUCUACUGCUGCUCCCCUACCUUUAGCGGCAGCAUAUACAGGUGGUUGUUUUUUUGCGGCGUGUUGCCCCACUUUUUUAAUUGACCUCUCAUCUGCUGCCAUUAGCGCCCACCUGAUUCAGGAAGAUGCAUUUGCCGCAGCAGCCAAGCUUGGUUGACCAGACUUAUACAAAUGUGGGCGGCAGGCCUGCUCACAAACAACCCCUCCAGUUGAGCGCUUUCCCUCCCGCCGUCUCCCCUCUUUAUACCAGAGGCCGGUAGCAGAAGACGUGAUUUUCUACCGAAUAAGUAAAAGAAUGAAUAUUUUUAUGCAUGUUUUCCAUGAAAUAUAAUUGAAUUUUCAAGGAUAUCGAAAAUCAAUGAGAAGAUUGCAUGCUUCUUAAGUAGUCAUUUUUUGCAGAGUAUAGAUUUUGCAUGCAGCCGAAAAUAAGUUCAUUCGAAAGCCGACACCCUGAGGUGACUGGAUCAUUAUAGCUUUAUGCUGCAUCAUGAUUAGUUUUACAACACUACUUAAUUUAUCUUUUCGAAACGAGAACGCAUUUCGAAAUUUUGGUUGACAUUUCAUGAGUUAGCACAUCUACUGUAAUCAAUCUUUUCGAAUCGAAAACGCAUUUCGGAAUUUCAGUUGACACCCACCUACUGUAAUUCAACCAGGAAUGAGCGCACACCGAUCUAUUGGCUUCACGAAGCAAACAAUCUCCGUAUGGGUAGCAAAGGUCACGAACAGGCAACCAAUUACCAGGUCGAAGGUGGCUACGUUAUAAUAGCAGCGAGGAGGUAGGACAGAAUGCGGGUAGAUUGAUACUGUAUUGUUUCGGGCUUACUGUGCCUUAAUUUCAGCCAAUCAUAACCCUGACCACCAGCAGCUGGGACCAGAAACACAAACAUGCGCACAGACGCACCUGGCGCAGUUGGUCCACCACUUGGGUCUACCAGAUGGGUCAUAAGCACUUCAUCGAACCGAAGUUCUUCAGUACCUUGUCACCUAUCAUUCUCUGUCGCUACACAUGGGGUAGUUAUUUAAUCAGGAAUGGGCGCACAGCGAUCUAUUGGCUUCACGAAGCAAACUGCGCCAGGUGCGUCUGUGCGCAUGUAUGUGUGUCUGGUCCCAGCUGCUGGUCAGGGCUAUAAUUAGCUGAAUGAAGGCAAAAUAAGCCCGAAAAAUUACUGUAUCAAUCUCCCCACAUUCUCUGUCAUCCCUCCUCGUCUUUAUAAUUAUUUUUUAUAUAUGCGCGCAUAUCUGAGGAGGCCUUUGCGAUGCCAUAAUUCCUGCAACUCUCCAACUGGUCUCUCCUUCUCCAUCGAGUGAUUUGGCCGGGUUCAUUUAUGCCUGUGCUAUCGACACAAGCGCGUUCCUCUCGCGUGACUGCGUUGAAGGGUGUCGAGUGUGAACUACUCCGUCAUUGUUCGUUAAUGCGAAAGCAUUUCUGAUUUUACUUUUUUGUGCUGCUAACGCUAUCGGGUCUUGUGCGUAAGGCCUGGUAGGUCAAAUGCAGAUACAUGACACCGUCAACUGCCAUGGCGGGGGGGGGAGGGAAGGAAAACUGCCGAACACCUACCCGGCAAUCGGUUUUCACUGACGCGCGAAUUUUAGACUGGUGCUUGAGGACAUCCUUGAAGUGCUCAACUCAGUGCUUCAGGAUCCGAGACUUAUUCGACGGUAGGGUUGCUCCAUCCUGGCUGAUCAGUGGUGCAGUGCCCUUUACUCGGAUUUCCUCAGUCGUGCGCGUCAGCCAAUAGUUUCGCAUCUAUUGCUACAGGUUUCGACAUAAAAAAUGCAGCCUUAUUGGUGUCAGUCCGGUUAUUUACAUGAACGUGGGUAGACUGUUUAUCUCUGGGAAGCUGGUGACCGACUUCCUAAUCGUUUGUGCUGUCGUUUUGCACGACCGAGAACCCCAGGUGCGAUGGCUUGGAUGACAUCCUGCAGUCUCUAUUCAUUUAGUUUCAACUGCAGCCUAAAGAUUGUUAAAUUUUCAACUAGUAGGGCGCCGUAUGGCCACCCCGUAUGCGCGCAUUAUUGAAUCUUCUGUCCUUUUUGACUUUAAGUAUUUAAUUUGAAUUUUACUGACUAUGCGAAUUUGCUCCUCUUUUUCUCCUCGUAGAUCACAUAUGAUUACCUCGUCAUCUGUCUGGGCGUCAGCUUGCGAUAUGAUUUGGUAAGCUUGUUGAAAUUUUGCAAUCCGUUACUGUAAGACCUCAGUUAUGCAUGAAAGUCCAUCUUUAAUUUAAAAUACCAAUUAAGCAAUCAUCUCCUGAGAGCACAUGUUGUUCGUGAUCUUUCGGUUUAACAUAUCCUCAUAUGCGCGAUUCAAUAUUUGGUGCGUACACUUGCGGAGGUCCUUCCGGUUCGUGAAAAUGUGGGCAGGAUGACACAAAAAUUCCCACGUCAGUUAUAUUUCUGAAUUCGACCUUUGGAUGAACAUCCAGUCAGCUAGGCGGCGAUGGUGAGAAAGAGGUUUUUUCAAAUGAGGUUCACUAUCGUCUUGUCAUAAAUCCGUCUUUCGGCAGGGUGGUCGGUUUGCCAAUAAAAAGUCCUCCUCAUGUAGGUAGCACUGCCGUUGCUCGCCUGCGGCUGCGUAAUUGUCAAACAGAUUUCUGUUUGCGAACUUUUUUUGAACGACAAAGACUGAGCCAUUUGAAUGGCAAUUCUGGCUAUCUGGUUUUCAAGACCUGCUUACCAGCAUCUUCCCCGACAUUCAGUUUACAAUAGAAGAUGAGGAUGACGAGAAACCACCCUUCCUUGAUGUGCUCGUCACGCGCACACCUGAUGGUAAACUCAGCACUACAGUGUACAGAAAGGCGACCAACACAACUGAGGUCCCCAACUAUAAUAGCAACCACCCAUUGGUGCACAAACGGGACUGUGUGAGGGCGCUUUUCGACCGAGUAAAAAGGCACUAUAGCGGGUCCGAAGGACGGAUGCAAGAACUAGGACAUUUCAGGAACCAAUUAACAAAAAACGGCUACCCAAAUAGUUUCAUCAGCCGCUGCAUACGCACGCACCCACGACGGGCAAACGGAAGAGAGACACCAACAAUUUGGCACUCCCUACCGUACAUGAAAAAUGUGUUCGAGGCUACAGAACGCAUUGCGUCAGAGUUAGGCGUGGGCAUUGCUCAUCAUCCAGUGGCUACCAGGCGUAGCAGAAUCAUGAAGAUGAAGGAUCGGCUGGACGCAGGUGAACAGUCGGGCGUAGUCUAUCAAAUCCCGUGCCAGAAUUGUCCCUGCCACUACGCAGGCCAAACAGGACGACGUCUCAGCUCACGAAUGCUUGAGCACAAACGGGCCGUUCGGAGAGGCGACCCAAUAUCUCAAGUCGCCACUCACACGCUGGAAGAAGGCCAUGAGUUCGACUUCGCCAACACGCGCAUAUGGGCAAAAACUGUUGGGGGCGUGGAUGUCGUACACCAACUCUAUCAAUAGACACAUUGAUAUGCCUGCGUGUUAUCACGCAUUCCGUCCACGCAGCCGGGUGGCGCAGCUCACAUCGCCGCGAAGUUCAACCGCCGUCACCACGCAGGGCGGGGGGGACCAUCGUGAGCCAGUCGGCACAAACCAGACCUAUCCACGGCACAACGCUAUAAAUGUCCGCACGUUGCUGCACUCAAGCAGUUUCCGAUUAUGAACUUUAUUUCGAGUCCGAAAGCUUAGCCCAAUAAAUCUACCGUCCUAGUGAUCAGGCCUUUGUCUUCUUUUAAAUUUCUGGCUUGUUUACUGCUAUCAGCCAAUGAUAUUCCAAUCCCUAGCUACACACUCGAGACUCAAGCCCCAAGUCAGCCGAUCUUUUUGAUUGGUGCACGCUUCUCUAAUGUGAUAAUCCAGUCUAGUUAGAAACAAGAGUUCACGGUCGGCUGCUGUACGGACCGCCAUCUGUUGACCAGCAGCUAAGCUGACAAACAGAUUCCAUCUUUUAUGUUGAAAAGUGGUUGUGACGAAAUCUGCCUAAACACCUGUUAAUUAAGGACAAGGGAUUCAGCAACAAAUACUUCGUGUGAAUGACGUCACUAAAUCCGUUGGUUCAUCCGUGAACGCUGGAAAGAUCAGUGUCUUCAAACUGCCUCCUUGAUCGCGAGCAGGCACCCCUCGUGAUUAAGGAGUGUCAGCUGGAAGAUGUGGACAGUUUCGAAUACCCCGGGAUUAGGCUGCUGCUGAAUGGACAGAGUAAAGACCAAAUUGGCGCCCGAAUCGAUGCUGCUCAGCGGGUUUUCUCAAGCCGUCGAAAGUGUCUAUGAACCCGAGGCGACAUCUCCAUCGCCACAAAAAUUCGCGUGUACCGUGCGUUUGUCCAUUCAGUCCUUCUGUACGGCUGCGAAUGCUGGACUGUACGCGUUGAAAAUGAGGGGAAACUGUAAGUACAAUGCGUGACCGAUCUCAUUAAAUGUUAGCCAAAAUCCUGGAAUUCGUUUGUCGAUUAUGAAUGAUUACUUGAGCGCGGUUGUUGUACUGAUUAUCAUGCAGCAUAACCCUAUAACAUUUCGGACCUGCCAGAAUGCCGGCUUUUGAAUAAACUUCGUUUUGGCCGUCCGCAGAAACCACACACUGCAAAAAUGGCUAAAUAAGGAGCAUGCAUUAUUCCUAUUGAUUUUCGAUGGUCUUACAAAUUCAACUAUAUUUUACAGAUAACCUGCAUAAAAUAUGCUUUAUUUUGCGCAUGUCGAAGGAGAUCACAUUUUGUUCAUAUUUUAUGCCCGAAGAAAGUGUAUAUUUAGGUUUUAAAAAAAGUUUCCUGAUUCUCUAAUAAUUUUCAGCCUGAUCUGCCAUUGCAUCAACGUUUGGCAAUUUCAGUCUACAAGCUGCAUGCUUUCCGUGUUAGGAAAAUCAUAUAGUCCUCUAUGUCUUUGAGAAGAUACCACAGAGUUCAUGAAAUUUUGCAAUGGAUACGGACAGUGUUGUACACUUCAUGUGGAGCAUUAGUAAAUGGAAAUGUGCGGUCUUGCAUGCAUGACCAUCGCACGCUCUUAAAAAUCUCGUAAUUAUAAACUUUUUUGAAACCUAAAUGUACACUUUCUUCGGGCAUAAAAUAUGAACAAAAUGUGAUCUCCUUCGACAUGAGCAAAAUAAAGCAUAUUCUUGUGCAUGUUUUCUGUAACAUAUAUUUGAAUUUAUAAAACCGACGAAAAUCAAUUGAAAAAAUGCAUUCUACUCAAGUGGCCAUUUUUUACCGAGUGUAGUUUCUGCUUACGGUCAAAAAGAAGUGCAUUCAAAAGCCGACAUCCUAGCGAGUGCGAAAUGUUUUAGGGUUGUGCUGCAUGUUAAUCAGUAUAACAACCUUAUUUAAGUAAUCCUUCCUAAUCGGAAACGUAUUGCAGAAUUUUGGCUAACAUUUCAUGAGAUCGGUCACGCACUGUAUCUGAUCAGCGCUGUUUGAGAACAAUCCUCUGAGUGAAGUACAUCGACUUCGACUCAAAUUAGACAGUCUGCACUCGCUGCGAGAACAUUGUAAGGCCAUUCAAAAAGGACGACCGCAGUGCUUUGGACACGCUCUAUGUCGUCCACCUCACACGCUUAGUGUUGCUGCCCUCGACAGGGGAAUAGUUACCCACCUGGAGGCUUCGAGGGGGGGGGGGCUCAACUAAAAUCCUGACUCAACACAACUGUCACGACAUGGGAGUGGUUGUCAGACCUUCGGUAGUUGGUCUCCGUUACUGGCGAAGGUAGUGCGUCGAGCUGUCCAGAUCUGUGGCCGCAUAUCGUAACGCGAUGAAAAGUGCAUUCCAUGACAUCAUCGUGGCCGACUAGCUCAGACAUGAUCGCAGCUGUAACAAGUACAAGUAAAGACAAGGAAGUCUGAUAGCCAUUUCCGGUCUAUUAGCCGUUGUCAUUGGCUACCAUUACCCUGGCCGCAAGCCUAGAUUAUCUGGGAUUCGAACCCGAGUCCUUUGGUCAUUGAGCGAUUAGUAGUCCAAUGUUUCACCAUUGAUCGGGACUAUUAACUAUCAUAGGAAAGGAGUUCAUCGACGGCUCAUGACGAUCAAUAAGCCAGAAUUCGUCAUCUAAGCCUCCCUUGUCAUUUUCAGUACCCCUCCUCGGCAUAUAUCAAGACAGCUGCCCUCGAGAGCUCUAGGGUGAGCAUUAGCACAAUUGCGCCCUGUAACAUAAUCGCACCUUUCUUCCACACAUCCCAUCUUUUAAAGAAAAUCCCCUCUUCCUUGGGGUCUGUUACCUGUUUAAAACUCUAUGUAUCCGGCAACAGGCCAUUGUAUGGUGAGUAAUGAGCCAGUUUCCUACUUAAACCGCUACGUUUGCUUCGCGUAAAAUCCGAUAAUCCAAAAGCACGUUUCUUGUUCUCUCGACCGAAGCGAUUUGCGUUUGGCCUAUGUUUGUUAGUUCACCUUAAGCUAGACUGCGACCUUGACAGUGCCUUUAGUCAAUAAUGCAUUAUACGCAGCAUAUAGGGUUAACAAACGCCUUUUCAUGAAGAAAUCCGGAGACUUUUCGGCAAGAUCUUACUUCGUGGCCGCAUCCGUUAGGGACUGGAGUUAGGGGUUAAGGAGAGGGGUCCAUGUGAGGGGCUAUGGUUAGGAGCUAGGGGUUGGAGUUUGGGGUUAGGCUGAAGCUUGUCUACUGCAGGCACAGCUACGAAAUAAGAUCCGACCGACUUUUCUACUCAAAACUAUGUACUAAAACGUAUGUCUUUUCCUGAUGACCCAUAGUAGUGUUCCUGCUCGAUUUUGCCUGACUUAGGCCUAAAUGGUUUCUUCUGUAUCACUUACCCUAAGUCUUCAGAAGAAUGCACGUAUUUGUAAUAGUCAGUUUGUCGGUUUUGUAAUCCGCAACUAUGCAGUCCUCCUUUCUCCAAAACUGCUCUGGCGUGUCUUUUACAGUGCAAAAUAUGUCUCACGUACCGCAUUCAAAACUGAUUUUCUAACUUGUCCACCAAACAUCUUCUGACGAUAGCACACUUUGUUUCGCACUUUUGACCAUCUACUGCAUAUGGCCGUUUUUAACGCCCGACCUUCACUUUGGCAGUUUGACCGUCGCGACCGACGAUGUCCGCUGUGUGCUCCACGGCAAGUUGAAGCAGGCACGGUGACUUGCGCUGGAUUUAGUUUAUAGUGACGGUAGACUUGCGCAGCAUCUUUCGCACUCUCUCCUCCCUCACCUGAGCCCGGUGUGAAGACAGAGUCAAGAAGACCGGAGGUGAGGAAGGGCGCAGGCGGAUGGGACGGCCAAGCCCGCACCAUGGCGCUCCACACCACACUCCCUGGUCCACAUAUCAAAUGACCGGGAUUUUAGCUAAAAACAAAAGGGUGGCUGGCACGACCGAAACCGCACCUAGGCGUUCCGUCACAUCUGGCUCGGAUCCCACGGAGUGGAAGUGCCAUAAAGGCCACAUUAAAAAGGAGCCGGUGCAGCCUGACUCGUAGCCCACCAGUCGGCCGCUCCGCACAGACACAACACUGGACCGACUAGGAGGUCAAAGUUAUCCCGCCAGUUGGCAACCUCGCAAGCCACGCCUUUUAGCGCACCCUGAUAGCUUCAAGCGCGUCGGAUUGUCUAUAGUGAGGAAAGUUCGCUGAGUCGUCGACCUCUUCCUCCGCCGCCUCCAUCCCCAAACACCGGCCACUGUCCGAGCCGGUCAGUUGACAGGUGUGGGGAAUGGGCGAGAUGUCCUUGGCAUGUGUCGUUUCCUGACAACCUUAGGUUUUAGUUUUCUUCCUAAUUUGCACAUCCCCAAUUUUCCCACUCCUACCUGCUCACAUCAAACAAAGUGUGUCCUUGUACAUGACUCGUCUAGGCUUUUUGCCAAGAAAUCACGUUCCGUAGCCCGAGAGUCAAGGCACUUGCAACAUUUUAUUAUGUACCUUUAAAUUUCCGCCUAACAUUUGUUUUUCAUCCAAUCCUAUCCUGUCUAUUCACCUAUCGACCUCUUACUCAGCCUAUUUAUGCACUUCGCAUCGUCUCCCUUCAUAGCUCAGCGGAGCAUUGGAUGCCUUGAAAGAUGAUCCCCGCGUCUGCUCAAACUACUCGCCUGACUACAUGCUGAAGACCCAUAGGGCCUUUGAGCAGUUCAAGACUGGGACCGCUGUUUUCUCAUUUCCAAACCCUCCCAUCAAAUGUGCCGGUGCUCCUCUGAAGGCGAUGCUCCUCUUUGAGGACUACUUACGCCAAGUAAGUUCUGUGUAGGAAUAACAAUUGCCUUUCAUGACCCCACUGCUGUUCAUUGGAGUCGUCAAGAGCGGAACUUUAGUGGCUACUUCUGGUCUGGCUUGUGGGCUCGUCCAUCUGCCAUUUUACUUUAUGGACCGCUUUGAUCUCUGUUUCCAUCCGGUAAAUCCGAACCGUGUAUGGAUAAACCUGAGGAAGUCCUUGACGGAGACGAUCUGGAGCAGGAGUGGAAGGCUGACGAGAGGCGUAGCAAUGCAAUUGACAACAAGGUCCUACCUACAAAGCUGUUAUAUUGGACUCUCCAUGCAUUUAACUUCAUGCUGGAGUCGCAGACACCGCUAAGGUUGGCGGUUUUGGCUCGUGGCGUAACUAUUUGAUUGAAUUCGGACACCUCAGUGAGUGGCUGUGGUGAGGACAAAGUGGUUUGCCGUCUGCAUCAUGACGGUUUUUGAGGCGCUCAGCAAUGACUGAAAUCGGUCAAAAACUCGGCGAAUUUCUGGGUCACCAAGGGGUUAGUUGUGUUAAACGGACGUGAUUUGGGCGGGAAUUCCGAUUUAGGCUCCGGGCUAAAGUGAGGACUAGGACUGAAGCUAACGUUAGAGUAUGGUUUUUCCGGAAAAACACCUUUGCCCAUAACCGGCACGUUUAUGAGUGAUGCGCAGUGGAACGGCCUUCGGUAAAGGUUAACUGUGAAAAUGGUGGGUUCUCAGGCCUGACAAAUAAGUACUCGCUGGCCAGGGCUGAACUCUGGCAGACAGGCUGUCUUACAGAACCCCGCAAAGCCUUCUCACGACAGCUUGGCACGUCACCUGUGAACAGCCAUCAAAUAUGGUAGAGGCACGCUCACAGAUCGUGUUACGGAACUCACUCAUCCCGUUGUACCUUGGGGCUCUCACUCGAGCCCCGCCGUCUGUAAUACUAUUCUGCCUAUAUUACGCACCGCUGUGUGGCUGCUGCACGAAGGCCUACUGCUGAAUAUGCAAGCCCACUAUCCCGGCGUAUUGGCAGUCGUGCAUCCUAAAGCCGCCAGGGUCUCCCGUGUCAUCUACCUGGCACAUAGGCGAGCCAUAAAAAACCGCAGCCCAGUGAGAUUGCGACAGUAUGAAUGACUUCCGCCAUCCAGUAAGUCUUCAUUACUAGCCGUCAUCUUAAGACCUAAAGGGUCUUUCGUGGACCCCCCGUCUACGGCAGGUGGAAUGCGACUGUUUCUGUCGUGUUCUGGAAAGCCAGCACCUUUGGGUCCCUGACAUUGGGCUUGCAAAGUGAGCAAUUAAUGCUACGCACUAGAACGUUCAUGUCCACGAGGACCCGGGCAAUGGGUAUCCUUUUGAAUUAUAUAUCUGACAGACAGAACUCUGACUGUCUGAGUCCGAAAAAGGUAUCGGAAUGCGACAUCAUAUAACAUGCCUUCUCCUGUGUGUAUGACAGUCCUACUAAGUCUGGGUUAACAUUUUCUAUUCUUGAGAAGGCGAGUAAGGAGCUUGUGAAACGAAAACUCUUUAUGUCUGCUCAUCUACACCAGACAUAGUUGUCGUUAUGACGAGUACACGCUUUGUAUGGACGGCCAUUACAGAGCAAAGCCCUACAGCAGCAACUUUGAUGCAGUGCUGAGUACGAAUAGCAUUUGAGCUCGAUUACUUAAUCUACCCUGAGCGACUGGGUCGGCGCCUACUAGCAACAACAGAAGCGACUGCCAUCAGGCUACGGGGGCCGGUCCUGUGUGCGCAGAAGAGCCUCUUGCACGCUCCGCGUCUGCCGUGGCAAAAGUUCGAUUAACGGUAUGUAUGUCUCCGCGCCCCCGUCCCUUCCUCCUACCCGCCCCCGUGACAUGGCCCUACCUAAUCUUUACUGUCACCUACUGCCUCCUCUCCUCUCCCCUCCCUUCCCCCCCUAUUCACAUACCCCGUUAGUAUGUGAAAACGAACCACAAUCGAUUGCACUCAUCGGGCACAGGUUUCAGUUUGUACCGCGUUCCCAUGUAAAUUCACAGGCCCGAUGAGAAUUUAUCGAAAACACGCGUAUGUUCACCAAAUACUCUUCUGAAUUGCUCCACGGGAAUUUUCGUAAUUUUUGAAAUGUCAACUACCCACCGAAGGAUGAAAUGGCCUGGAGGAGUGCAGUUCACGCACUGGAAGAGGGGGAGUGGGGAGAAUGUGAUCAGCAAGGCGACUUCUUAAUUUAAUUGAAAUGUCAACUACCCACCGAAGGAUGAAAUGGCCUGGAGGAGUGCAGUUCACGCACUGGAAGAGGGGGAGUGGGGAGAAUGUGAUCAGCAAGGCGACUUCUUAAUUUAAUUUACGCAUUAGCCUUAAAGUCGCCAUCACUUUGACUAGGGCGUGACCAAAGUUAUCGUCAAUGAGCUAAGCAAAUACUCACGACGAGUUCCUACAUUCAGUAUAGUCUGCCCACGGCAAAGGUAAGUGUCAUGUCGACCUCGUUGCUCUCCGUCAUAUCAGAACAUGCCACCAACAAUGAAAUCACUGUUGAACAGCCCUCCCUCCGCCUCUCCCCAUCGUCCAUUCGCAGCUUGUGAAUACCAAGCGUAGUCUCCUCAUCCAUCAGUCUUCAGCGCACGGGAGAUGCUCUUUCUAGCUAUUUCGCAUGACUGUGGGUCGUUAUUGGCAGUUCCGAAAUUAACGAGUGAAUACUGUAUUGUCGGAGUGCCUACGGCCGCAUGACUGACCAUAGUAGGUUAUAUUUGAGUGAAAUAUACCAUUUUUGCCAACAGUAUUUGACCGUUGGUUGCGAGGCUCUUCAUCGCGUUAGGUAUGAUCUUACGCUCUGGUGCUUUAGAUUAAUUGAUAAUAAGCUUAUAUCUUUAUUUCAAUUCAAUGAGAAUUAAAAUAUUUAGCAGUUUUCUUCACCCCUCCCCCUUCUCACUUCUGGUAUAAUCGGCGACCCUGCUGUGGCUCACGCUAACGCAGGGGUCAGUCACUCGUCGAGUAAGCCCUGUGAAAACCUACUGUCAUCAAACCAGGAACUGACCUGUGUUUAUUCCAUAAUUUGCUCACGUUUGUUUACUGCCCUAUCCGAGAACCUCUGAACUGUGUACUCAUUAGCCUCAUGCAACCAUUAGCCUUGCAACUCAUUAGCCUCAUGCAACUUCACGCAUAUAAAGUCAGUUUACCACCAACAAUUUUAUGGCGUCUUAAAAAGAGGGCGCAACUGAGUGAUCCUGAAUUUUGGCACGCCAGAAUUCAGUCAUACUUAUUCAUGUCGUUUUCUGGAGCUGCGGUUUACGCUACCAUGCUAUCUGCUCGUCACCACGCAAUUACGACAUGAUUCCGUGGUACCUAUGUCUGUUCCACAGUUUCUGGACUCACUUUUCUGGCGGUAAGUAGGUCAUGUUUGGUUCUGUAAGAUAUCAGUUAAAGACACCCUGAUAACCACCAAAACCCGAGGAUCUUUGGCUUUUUGCCAAGGUGUGUGCGCUUUAGGACUAAUAUCAUAAACCACUUAAUUGUCUUUCUGCAGCUGCUUUGGGACUCGAUUUCCAUAUUUCGCCCCUCUCGGCAUGAGCAGCAUAGCCUUUCGGUCGUCCGAAAACUCUACUAGGAAUUGAUUCGCCGGACAGUAGCAUCUGAUAAAGGAAUGGUAUCAUGUAACUCAUGGAUUCGAAGGCUCCGCUCCAGUUUAAAAUUCCAAGGAUAUAGCAACGAGGGAGGAGGUCAAGUUCUAUGACUGGCAAUCUUCGUAAGUAGCUGAUUUAGGGGGUCUAUUUCCCGCUAUAUCUGAAGGUAUUAUUGACACAUGCUCCGUAGCUGCUUUUCGCCGCCAGCCUUCGAUGAAGCCCGUUCAACUGCUGGCCAACUGUGGACUCGCCGGAUAGUCCGCAGGCUAGGCAGUCGGGCAGGCCCGUCAUUCCGGGGUUCCUGUCGCCCGAGGGACCUAGUGCCUUUGCUCGCCUUUAAACUUGGGAAGUCUUUGCGUUCCAGGUUUAAUUUAAGCCUGAUCUGCUCUCGGUUGCUUUGCGACUGGUGUGCCGCAAGUCAUUCGACUUCGUACUCCGGAAUGUCAAUUCUAGGCGGUUCCCGGUGAAUCCAGUGCUAUUUUGUCAGAAGACGUUGACAAAGACGCUCUGUCUUCCGUGAUUAAUGCUGACCCCAGACGUUCAUUACACGCCGCCCCCAACUCCCUGGUGACAGUGAUGUGUGCUCCACUUUCCCGACUUACAAACAUCACAGCCUAUGUCGCCCUCCUCCCCUCCUCCUCCUCCUCCUCCUCCUCCUCCUCCUCCUCAUCCUCCUCCUUCCUUGGCCCAAUGAUCAUAACACGCGGACCUCCUCACGCGAGUGGCGUGGCAACGAUGAGUGUUAAUGGCCCUUGGGUCACUUAUAAACUCUGUGAACUUUUCAUAUUUUCAAUGUCUAUGUAACUGUAUUGGUCCGACGAUGAGUUACCGAAAACGCGUGCUUGCCAAAUUGACUUUUCAUAAUUUUUAAUUAUGCCUUCUUCCAAACCCUCAUGCGCUUCUCGCAUCACUGUGUGUUCUGUUUCUACGGUCUGCUUGGCCUCCGUUACGCUGACCACGCCCUUGCCACUGACACGUAGGCGGGCCGACUAUGUCAUUUGUUUGCUUUAAUUAAAGAACUCUAAUUGCUACCGACGGCCGCGCAUGAAGUUAUGCUGGGAUAUUGUAAAUCGCUAAAUAAUUGCUACUAGCUUGUCGUAAGUAACACCGUUCUUAACACUGUAAUAUUGAGCCCCGAUAGCAUUGCUGCAAUGUAUAUGUACUGACCUUUUACUUUCAGCAAAAGCGUCAAAAGGACGCUAAAAUCCUCUACUUCGCUCCGACAAAAGUGAUAUUCAGCGCACCCAAGUAUGCUAAAAGCAUCUCAGCCAUCUGCGACGAAAGAGGCAUUAAGUAUUCCCUGGGACACAAAGUAUGUGAGGUAAGCCGCGUCUCCAGUUUGCAGCCUUUGAACUCAUACUCCGGAAGCCUGUGUUCUUUGAUAUGCCCACUCCGCCACCCUGCAUGCUCAUUGCUCUGUUCGAUAACGCAGCCGCCGUUCGUCCGACAUUCCCUGUCAAAUCUUACUUCCCACCUGUUUUGCACCCCACCUUGUUGAAGAUCUUGACAAUUUGAAGAGUUUUUUACGGACUUUAGGGUGCUCAUAGAACUUCAUCCCCCGUAGUUCCGAACCGGUGCAAAAGGGCAGCAUAAACCAGACUGUCGACACUCCAGUUUGAACCGCCCCAGCAUUUGAUCUUUUUUUGUGUGUUUUAUUUUGGAUCUGUGAAAUAUUCGCUGCUUGGCCUCAUCUCCCGUUUUUUGUGACGCGAUUAGACGAAACUUCCUGUUCCGCCUGGACCAUAUUGACAGGUUGGAAAAGCUCUGGUUCAUUGUAAACCGAGGCGAUUCGUUCCAGCGUUAUUUCCGAUCGUGCGAUGCGAAUCCGGCGAGUUGGCAUCUGGUGUUGCAGAUUUGAAUCGUAGCUUCUUUCCGCCAUUUCUUUGGUUAUUUAACUUGGACUGGACAUACUAACAGCAAAAACACACUGCGAUCAGCGCGGUUUGUUCUCCUUUCUUCCUCGUGUUGUGGAGACCAAGUCUCAGAAAUUGCUGAGGCAAAUUUUCAAAUGUGCACGCAAGGCUUUCAUAUCGCCUUUAUGGGACAAUCUCACAGCACUCCUUCCACUGAGUUCCCUCGAAAAAUAUUUUUGUUUCCCUGUGAUUAUUUUGAUUAGAAACGUCCGCUUCCUGGCGGACGCGCAUUUUCAACUUAUUUUUAUGGAGGCGUUAUGGGAGAGUGAGCUGAAAACAAUAUCUUUUUUAUAAUAGUAUGCAGAUGUAUGCCUUCUCGAUUUUAACAACAAAAUCAUACAAUUUUAAUGUUUUAAUCUUCGAGACGCACUUUUUGCUUAACUGCCUCCAAUUUCCGCACGUUAAUUAAACUAUGGGGCUUACAUAUUCGCAUAGAAGCGCUUUAGGAAAUUCUAUAGUCUUCUUUGGGAAGUAAGUUUGCGGUUGGAUAAAUGUUAUAUCUUGCUACAGAAUAAUGAAACCUACAAAAAUGCUAAUCUGAUAAAGAAGAGGAACUCACACUGGAGCAGAGUUAUGAUGUUGCUGACGUUUCGGAGAACUUGGUUGGCUCUGCAUUGUCAGCGCAACCCUGACAGCUACCAGCGCACUUCAUCAAGCAAGGAAUUGUUCCCCAACCCCCUCGCAGGGGAAUUUUGACGCCGCUAAACAUUCGCAUCCACUUAAAAAUACACUUUCUUUCUUAUUAUUCUCAUGGCUGGGGAUGGUUUUGUAGACAAUUCUACAGCGGGAAGCCAGCACAGUAUUGCACGUGACUUGCCGGUGGGCCCCAAAACCAAGUUAAUCCUUGGUGGAGAGCAACCCGAGGCGUGUCAAUCGGAGACCUAUUCCGCGUUAGCCACUGCGCCCAAUCUUAUUUUCUGUCUGGGAGGUGGGGGGUGAGCCUGGUCUCGAAUCCGACGCAUACCACUACUGCAUAUCUGAUGUCUUUAAACUACUACGACUCACCAGAAGCUUCCGUUUCGACGGGGUACCUCAGUCCGCCUGCCACAUGACAAUUAGACUGUAGUGGUCUCGACAGAAGGGCUUUAUGUGGGUUCGACCGGGGCACCCACGCCCGCCUCAGUAAUCCCGCUCGCUAUUAGAACAUCCUGGAGGCUGGAGGAAGUAGAUGCUGCCCUCACUAAUAAACCACUCCACGGCGUGUCAUCCGGCAACUAAUGGUCCUCGUCUGUGAUGCUGGACGAACUACCGGGACUGCUGCGAGAUGCCGUCUUCUGAUGUAGUAGUGCAAAAAGCCUUCUGAUGAUGAUGCUUAUCAACGUAUGCCACGAUAAAAACUGCUGUUAUUAUAAUAUGACUCCCCGGCAUUCACUCUGACCUCGGAAUGUGACGAAUCUCAUGACGCGCAGGCUGACCCUCGUAAAAUGAGGUUUUGUCCAAAAGGUUUGCUUGCCGAUCAACAUGUUCACUAAUCCACUGCCAACUGACUUUUUUGGAUGGGCAGCCGUCGGCCCAUUCGCUAAAGUCACUCUCCAAAUCUGAUUCUCAAGGCAGUGUUCAGUUGCUCAUUCACGGUCGAAAUGGUGGGACAUGGUUUCAAGUACCCUUCCCCCCCUUGCUACAGGUGCCCUUGCGUUAAAGUCGAGGGGGGUAGGCGUUAGAAAUUCAGCUUAGGGCCACCCGUAGUAAGCAGUUACUUUGCAGGAAAAAACUUCUUAAAACUGCGUGGCUAGAGAAGGGCUCUAUUUCAAUUUUAAAAGUGUUCUCAACCCCCCCCCCCCUGUUGUUUUAAAUCCGACCUGUUGUUGCGCCUGCGCCUAGGGCGUCAAAAUUACAUGCUGCAUUCUUUUACCUCAAUUACAAUUGUUUGCGUCAUUGUGAAGGAACCGCCCGGUGCUUAUAAUAGGAUUGAAUCAAACUCCAGGGGCUGUAUAACAAAGGCGCGGUUGUUAGGCUGCGCGCAAUGUAUCAAUGCCUGAAAACCGUUCAGAAUUACAAACUGGAAUUCUCCUUCACAUAAGUAACUAGUCUACAAGAGACACAAUUUAGUGCAGCCUUAGAAAAUUAUGUCAUUUUUGAGCUAACGAGUUUUAGGUAUAAAAAAUCAGCGGAGACAGAUGCAUGCUACUUGAGUAGUUACAUUUCAAAACGGAUUAUUUCCGCAGGUAUUUUGGAUGAUACGUACUCAAUGACUAGCACCCUAGUGUGUGUGGUUUUCCCUGAGAUUAUGCUGAGUGCCAAUCUGUGUUACAGCGUCAAUCAAGUGGCUACUUGGAAUGUUCAUUUUGCCACUCAUGUUACAAGUUGGCUAGCCCGGGCACCCUAACAUUGUCGGUACUCCCGAUAGUCCGCAACAUUAACAUGCGAUUGCUACCGAUAGUGUUUAUGUUUUCUCUGUAGGUGGAUCACAAGAACAGUCAGGUUGUUGUUGAGAAUGUCGAUACAAAAGAAACGUCAACUGUCAAGGCAAGUGGACAAUGCCUUUGCUAACAUUUGAGCUCACUCCUCAUGUUGCGCGUGCUUUCUGGUAUUCUAUUCCUUCCAUCGUUUACUUCGACUAGUGCUAAUCUUUCGUGGUAGACGAAACUUGCUCAAAGUAAGGGGGCUUGUAAUUAAUUUAAAUUAUGCAUUUUGUUAAUUUUUUUCUACACCAUUUAUAGGCUCCGCUUGCGAUUAUGUGCGGGGCGGGGAAGUCGAGGCCCCUCAUCAUCACUGAUAGCACACAUGAGAUGGGGCCUUUAAGUCCGCACUCGUCCGAGCCAUCUCCGAAGCUCUGAGGCACAUCGACCAUGGCCCAACUGUCAACGUCGUUCGUCAAUGAGAGAGGCGGGAAGUAUACAGCAUGUAGUAUGGAAACCCUCGCCGCUAAUGGAACUUCAGCUCGGGUUCAAAAUUAAUCUGGCACUGAAAAAGCUUUUCCAAAACCGAUAGAUACACUUUCUUCGGGUAGAAAAUUCAAACACGGCCCAGUUUGCUACCAAAUGAGUACAAGAAGGAGUAUUUUUGCACACGCUUCCCGUGAAAUAUGCUUGAAUUUAUAAGGGCACCAAUAAUCCCUCGGGAGAAUUCAUACCACAUAAGUAGGCCCCUUUGACAAAAGUCCAUUGUGGCGCUUAUUUGGUUGACUUACGAGCAAAGGUUACUACAGGUUUGCCUGUGCAGGCCGGCCGGUUAAACCUGCUUCAAAUCCUGUCAUUGGUGGCAGUGACUCGGGGGGACAUUAACCAAUGCACGCUUUUCGGUCGUUCCGCUUGCGAUUAUGUGAGGGGCGGGGAAGUCGACGCAACUGAUAGAGCUGAUGAGACGGGAUCCUUAAGUCCUCUUACUCAUCCGAGCCGUCUCCGAAGUCCUGAGGCACAUCGACCGUUACCCAACUGUCGAUAGGCGGCGUCAAUGGGACGCCCAGCCUGUAGUCACCUGUCACAUUCUGUGUGGUGACUGCCCAUGCAAGUAUACCUGUCAGUCUGGGUAAAAUAUGAAAAUGAAAACGUGUGAACUUUGUCUGACUGGGAGACUUUUUGUAUCUACUGACUUCUAGGCGGCUAGACCAACCACACACACCUGUAGCGUUGCUGCCGCCAUGGCAGUCAGAUCAAAACACGCCAGAAGAAUCCACCAACAAAAAUUUUGAGCACUCACCGCCCCUCUCUAACCCUGUUAUGCACGCGGGUUGGAGGACGCAGACCGACCGCAUGAUUAGCGAUUUUCACCAAGGUCUCUGCAGCAGGAGUAGGAGGCAUAUUUGAAUUACCAAUCCCUGCACUUGACUUGUUUCUCCUGCUGCGUUCGGGUGCUCUCUCAUUCCGCUUCAGCCGACUGUGAUGAAUUUUAAGUACCACUUGCGACGUGUAAGACACCCCGGAGUUCACAGGUCAAUGCUGCCUGCCUGUUUGAAAUCGGUCAGCCUGCCGACUAUUCCUGCUUAUUAACGGGCAGACUUGAGCUACGUUUUCGCGGAGCUCAACGAAUCGUCAGAAAAGUCAUCUUUUAGUUUUUAAACUUACAGUAGCUGGUUUAUCUGAAGAAAUGCUAGCCGAAAUGUUGAAAUAUGUUUUUUUGGUUAGAAAGGAUUACUUAGGUUGGGUGGUAAUAUUGAUCAAUGUGUAACAUAAUCCCGAGAUGUUUUGGUCACGUUAGGAUGCCGUUUUUCGAAUGGACUUCUUCCCCGCCGCUUUUAAAACUUACGCUCGAUAAAAAUAUGACUACUUGUGUGGUAUGAAUUCUCCCAGGGAUUUUCGAUGUCGUUAUUAAUUCAAACAUAUUUCAUGGGGAAAAAUACUCAUUCUUGUACUCAUUUGGAGAAAAAUACCCAUUCUUGUACUCAGUUGGUAGCAAACUGGCUCUUUUUGAUUUUUCCACCCGAAGAAAGUGUAUCUAGCUGUUUUAGAAAUGAUUUUUCAAUGCCCAAGCUACAGUUUCACCACCGCUGAGGGCUUCCAUACUACAUGCUGUAUACUUCCAGCGGAAGGAGAAUCAUACAUUUCCAUAUGCUAUUAAGAAGGCGUCAUAUGGGGCUGGCGAAACCUUACAAUGGAUGUGGACCAUAUCGUGAACCGUGAACAACAUUACUAAACGGACAGAUAGGGUAUUCCACGGUCUUGAGGAAUCUCCUGAUGACAAACUGUUUUAAAAGGCAGAAGGGUACUAUCGACAAAGACAAGGGAGACUGGAAUGGCCAUUUCUGGCUUAUUAGCCGUCGUCAGCCAACCAUGCCCAAGCCCGAAGUGUGGAACACCCGAGCCUCGAACUCGCGACCUGUUGGUUUAGAAGUCAACGCCUCUACACACUGGGCCACGAGCCCGUUGCCCUGUUGUCGAGGCUCGGGUGUUCCACACUUCGGGCUUGGGUAUGGCUGGCUGACGACGGCUAAUAAGCCAGAAAUGGCCAUUCCAGUCUCCCUUGUCUUUGUCGGUAAUAUCAUUCUGCCUAUAUAUCAUGCGCCGCUGUGCGGCUGCUGGUUGGGCUCGAGAGAGAGCCCUUAAGGCACAACGGAACGAGUGAGUUCGGUAUGAACGAUCGGUGAGCGCCCCCUACCAUUGGUAGACACUUGUAAUAUAAUGCGUGAGCAACCUUUAAACAAGCACCCAUACAGCCCGCUGCUACUUUUAGUUUGCAACUAAUCAAUUCGACGGAAAGUCUAAAUAGCUAACCAGGCUGGUCUUGUAGAUGCCGGCAGCCAAACUGUCUUAAAACCAAAAGAUGCCCUUUCUUCAAGUAUGAAAUUGGAAAAAGGUGCAAUUUGCUGCCAGCUGAAUACAAGAAUGAAUAUCAUUGUUCAUGUCUUCUAUAAAAUAUCCUUGAGUUUCAAAGUGCGUAGAAAAUGAAUGGGAGAAGCAUACUACUUAAGUAGUAAUUUUUGGCGAAUGGGAUUUUUGCAGGCUACCGGUAAUAAGCUCACUCAAAAGCCAGCAGCCUAGCGUAACUGAAAUAUCUUGAAAUCAUGCCACAACCUCAUCUAAGUAAUUGGAAACAGAUGUCAGAACCUCGGUUGAAAUUUCGUGAGAUGGGCCAGCUACUGUACCUUUUAGGCACCCCAUCAAAUUAUCCCUGUCGCCAAGAUUCCCCACUCGCUUCGUUUGAUUUUACCAAAAUGACCCCUUUUCGCACUUUUUUCCGUGUCUUUUCCCUUCACAUCUCCAGUAUGACCUCUUGCACAUUGUUCCUCCGAUGACGCCGCCGGAAGUGCUUACAAAGACGCCCGGUCUGUCAGAAAGCGCUGCACCGGGUUAUGUAAGCGUCGAUAGAACCACCUUGAGGCAUAUCAAGUUUCCCAACAUCUUCUCCCUCGGCGACUGUUCAAACCUGCCAACCUCGAAGACAGCAGCAGCCAUCGGUGAGUACUAAUUAGGGCCCUUCAUUUCCACUAGAGGCGCCAUCUCUAACUAAAUGACACCUUUCCCCUGCUCUGCUCAGCUUCUGAGACCCCAGUUCUUGUGGAUAACCUGCUCGAUGUCAUGAACGGAGGCGCCGGGAAGGUGGCACAGGUGAGUGCAUCACUGUUGGAUUUGACAGUAAAGACUGCGAUCUACUGAUCCGUGAGAAUUACCUCUCUUCUCUUUGCCUAGUAUGAUGGAUACACAUCGUGCCCGCUGAUCACUGGGAAAACCAAAGGCAUCCUUGCCGAGUUCGACUAUGAUUUGAAGCCCAGGGAAACGCUGCCUUUUAAUCAGGCAACGGAGCGCUGGAUAUUCGGCUACAUCAAGAGGUUCAUCCUCCCCCCUCUCUACUGGGAUGGUCUUUUAAGGUAAAUCACGUAGCCCCAAAGUGCGGCAUUGUCAAUGUGUCACUUUGGUGUUGGAGGCCAAUCCUACGACAGAGGUGGAGUUAAGGAAGAUGCCUAGCACACAAAAAGUUACCCAUCCGUUUUACGCAUGUUUUAUCUCCCAUAAACCGGGUGUAGGCCGUCUCAGACUAUUACGCCUUGAGAUUUAGCCGACGUUCGGUUGAUCACUGGGCUGAAUCUCCUUCCGGCUGAACGGCGAAAUCACAAUCUGCUGACUCUGAUGGGAAAUAUUCGGUCACAUGGGUGUGGUGUUCACCUGCUCUGCCCUCGCAGGUGUUGGCAUAUAGACGUGCCUUUCAGUGCUCCAGACCUUUUGCUAUCGCCAGCGAUUCACACCCAACGCUUACGUUAGUCGGUGAAAGCAAGACCGAUAAGCGUCAUUCACGAAUAACCUAUAAGAGGCCAACACUUUCCAGGCUCUUUUUAGUGCGGUAUAGUUUUGCGAAAGGCUUUAUGAGACAUUGACCGAUGACUUCCUUAAGUCAUUCCUAACGCAUAUGCACGUGACACCUGCUUCUAACUGACUCGCUCGCCGGUAUACUCGUAGGCCCCAAGUUGGAAAUUACAGUGCGUGACCGAUCUCAUGAAAUGUUGGCCGAAAUUCUGACAUGCGUUCUCGAAUAGGAAAGAUUAAUAAGUUGGCGUUGUACGAUUAGUUAUUAUGUUGCAUAAUCCUGUAGUAUUUCAGACUCGCCAGGAUGUUCGAUUUUGAAUGCACUUCUUCCUGACUCCCUGCAGAAUCCGCACUUGGAAAAAAUGACUACUUAAGUAGCAUACAUUUUUGCAUAUUGGUUUUGGAUGGUCUAAUAAAUUCAAAUACCUUUUGCAGAAAACAUAUACAAAAAUACGCUUUUUCUACUCGUUUCGUAGAAAACCUUAUUGUCUUCACAUUUUAUACCUGGAAAAAAUGUAUAUUUAGGUUUCGAAAAAGGUUCCUGAUUCCCGAAUAAUUUUGAGCCUGAUCAGCGUUUAGCGAUUUCAGUCUACAAGUUGCCGGAGUUCCGCGUAAGGAAAAUCAUAUAUUCCUCUAAUGUCUUUAGAAGGAUACUGUUAAGCGUUCAUAAAAUUUUGCAAUGGAUACGGGCUGUGUUUUACACUUUACGAGGAACAUUGGUAAACGGACACGUGCGAUUCUGUACAUAUGGACAUCGCACGAUUUUAAGAACCUCAUAAUUAGAAACUUUUCUAAGACCCAAAUAUAACCUUCCUUAGGGUGCAAAGUAUAAAAUCAAUGUGUUUUUCUACCAAAGGAGUAAAAGGAAGUUUAUUUUGUAUAUGUUUUCUAUAAAAUAUAUCUGAGUUUAUUAGACCAUCCAAAAUCAAUGUUCAAAAAUUCAUGCUACUUAAGUAGUCAUUUUUUCCAAUUGUGGCUUCUGCAUGAAGUCAGAAAGAAGUGCAUUCAAAAAGGAACAUCCUGGCGAGUCCGAAGUACUACAGGAUUAUGCAACAUAAUAACUAAUCUUACAACGCCACCUUAUUAAUCCUUCUUAGUCGAGAACGCAUGUCAGAAUGUCGGCCAAUAUUUAAUGAGAUCGAUCACGCAGUGACAAUCGAAAGGCAAAAUUCCACCAUGGUGGAUUGAUAAAGACGAAAAGUACGCGUACAUGGGUGCAAACCUGAAAGCCUGACACAUGUUACGGGGAUCAGGCCGCGCGUGGCACUCCUAGACGAAUUGUUUAGCUCCGUCAGCCACUGCGCCAAUCCUAGCGCCGGAUGACUGACAGCCUCGAACGAUCACUGGUGUGCACAGGCGAGAGAAGAGGGAGUGAGACCGACACUCCCAUGUACACUCAGCACAUCCCUCAUUAAUAAUACAUUAAGCGCUCGGGUCUGUCACAACAGCCGCGGCGCAGAGGGUUUCUAACUGACGAGAUAAUUUUGUCCUCGUGAGAGUAUUUUGAAGUAACUGGGGAGAACCGGGAGUUAGGCUGCAAUGAUUCCUCCCUCACUGAUGUGCUCCCCGAACCGUCCCCUCGAAAUUCUAGCGCGUGUUCUGGAGCCUGGAUCGUGUGUGGCGCGCGUUGACAAAUCGUUUAAAUGUGCCAGCCACUACACACCCUUACCCAAUUUAAUAGUCACGACAUUGUUCUCCCCUUCUAGUUUGACGGGUAAGGAAGUUGAUAGUGAGAUAGAUGCUGUGCAAGUCUGGAGUAAUUCACACACAAGUUCACUCCGUGAGGCGCAGGGUUGAACUGCUUCCUACUGUAGAGUCUGCACAGGCGUACUUCCAACUUAUCGUCCAACAUGUUUUUUACUUUCCGUAAAAAUUUUCUUCUAAUGCUUGUAGAGGAAUUUGGCCUGGUCCCAACAAGAUGCGAAAAUUCCUCAAUCCGAUGGGUCCCAAGUAG